AUUUUACUGUUUCACAGUGGUCUGAGUGGUGUCAUGGUUGACAUUCCUACACAGCCAAAUCCUGCAAGGUAAUAUUUAGUAAAUAAUGACUGAUUGAUUUCACUUGCAUCUGUUUGGAACAAAAUUGACACUAGAUGUCCUAUGUAAAAGUUACGUACAUGUACCCGGUAUAUUUUAAAAACCAAAUUUAUAUACCUUAAAGAGAGGAGUAUUUCUUUUGUUUUGGUUUUAGUAUCAAACUGAUCCUUGUCAAUGUUUGGUUUAUCUUUCUGGUACUUUUUGUAUCCUUACAUGCACAUCUCACCAUUCUUCCUUUUGUGAAUGUUGAGCUUUUGUUUUUAUUGUUUUGUUUUUUUUUUAAGAAAGAAAAGAUUGUUCUUAUGUUUUCAUUAUUUUCAUGUUGCUGGGUUGGUUCAUUUAUGAAAUGGUCAAUUUUUGUUAAGUGUGACAUCAAGCACGCCAAUAAGUGUGUACGAGUUCAUUUGACAACUGGAGGGGUGUUUUUAUUCAUUCAUGUCUUUGAUAUUUUCAAUUGCCGGCUAUUUCUGUUGCAGUUUCACCAUUUUUUUCAUUUUUUAUGUGGUUUUGCAGUUUUCUUAAUUGUACAGUGUCCCCCUCCAUAGUUACGCUGUACUGGAUGGAGUCUAGUUUUGCACUGUUUGUUAUUAUCUAAAAAAAGUGUAUUGCAUGUACAUGUAUGCUAUGAUGAAGGGGAUCAAAAUUAAUAUUGUUUGGAGAAGAUACAAAAUUUGCAGUUGUGAAGAGUCCCUAAGAGGAUUAAUGAUACAAGGUCCUGUAAAAUUAAGGAAAGAUGCUUACAUACUAAAAUGCAGGAAGCAAGAGCAACUUGUUUAGUUUAGGAAUGAGUUGUAAAAACCAACAAUUUAUUUUGCUUUACUAAUAAUAGUUACUGUUUUUUAACAGCCAACUUUCACAGCUUAAAUUUACAAGUAAGUAGAACUGAAUAACAUUUGAACUUUUGAAGUAAACAUACCAAAGAGUAAAAUCAUUUGAAUUUUUAUCAUGUGGUUGGUUUGAUGUUUCAGUGAUUUUUAAUGUCAGGCCAUGUUUUUUCAUUACCAGAAUGUUAAACUUGAAAGGGACAUGAAAACCUGUGCAUUUGCAACUGGCUUUGUUUUUCACUAGGGCCAUUUAUACUAGGAAAAAAUAAGAUGUGUGUAAUAUAAGAUGUGAACUGUACCAUUAUAUGAGCAUGUCUUCUCUAAGAUGAAAACAGCUCGUAUAAAUGGUUCGCGUCUUAUUUCUGUUCUUGGCUUGUUUUCAUGUAAAUGUUGCCCGUAACAAUGGCAAUCCAACAUGGCACGCGUUUCAAAGUUACGGCGCCAUUUUGCGAUUUGUAACAGAGGCAAUAUUUUGAAGACCUUUUUAAUGAAAAUGGAGGAGUUUUCUCUUAUGACAAAAACCCUCUUUUACCGCAGAAUUAUAAAAAAAAUGCUCUCUUUUUUUUGUUGGUGUGGUUUAUGUGUAUAGUUCAGAAAAGACAAUCAGUUCAGUGACCACACAGCACUUCAAUAAUCACGCAAAAAAACACACGCACGAAAGAAACAAAAAAACUGCCAGUAGCUUGCCAGUCUGCCAUGGGACAAGCAAAAUUUUCCCAUCAAUAAUUAACGCAUGCAUACUAUGCAUUCGGGUCUUAUGUAAGACACGAAGGUCAUUUAUACAGAUUUUUGUCUCAUCUUAGCUAAGUCGCAUCUUAUCUAAGAACAGGUGUUCUAAAAUGAAAUGUGUCUUAGCUAAGUCACAUCUUAUUUUAGACGAAAUGUGCCGUUUAUGAGACGCGUCUUAUGUAAAAUGUGUCUUAUUUUUCCUCGUAUAAAUGGCCUCAUCCUCGGAGACCCAGGGGCAGAUAGUGGGCGCGAGGGAAAGUCUAAACAGGCGGAAGAAUAUGGCACGAAGAAAAGAAAAGGACGGCAAGAAGAGCCCCUGGGGACAAUGUCUUACGAGACCAGUUCCAAACGGUCGCUGCCAUUCUGGCUUCUGAUUGGUGCCAGAAAACUUUUGUGUUUUUCUGCCCAAUCAAAAGGCAGAGCUGUGGUGACCAUUUGGAACUGGUCUCGUAAGACAUUGUCCCCAGGGGCUCUUCUCGCCGUUCUUUACUUUUCUUCGUGCCAUAUUUUUCCGCCCGUUUAGACUUUUCCUCGCCCCCACUAUCUGCCCCUGGGUCUCCCAGAAUGAAAUGGCCCCUUUGUGACCAUCUUUGUUUCUAAUCAAAAAUUAAAUAUUUCCUAAACCACAUGCCCUUAAGGUGGAUGCAAAAGAAACAGAACUCCAAAAAGAGUCAAGUAUGGUGAUUUUAGUCAUGAAUGCAUACAGAAAUGAAUUUUAUUGAAAAGAAUUUCACGAAUAUACUGAAUGUACUGAAUAUCCUGUGUGAUGUACUAGAAUUUUAAUGUUUUGUAUUAAUAAUAUGACCCUCGAUUCUUUCCAGUCUUGAAAGCUUCAUUAAAGGAACAGUCAGGCUGGUUUGGUAAGUGGAAAGAACCAAAAGGACUGGUAACCCCAGGCCAUUCUCUUCUGUUUUUGUAGUCUGUAGAAUACGUAUGGCAUGUUGCAGAGUCCCAGUCGAUUUGAUGGUUCAUCUGUACAAAUAAUGGUUAUCAGCAAUGUGAUUGUUGACCUCACCAUUUCUUGGCACUCAUGUGUGUUCAGUCAGUUGCAUGGUAAGGUUUUUACCGGUCUCAACUAUGUAAGUGGCCUGGCUAUCACUUUUACCAAUUACUAGUAAUGUUUGCCACAUGCAGCACUCCCUAUUUUGAGUUUAAUGUCAAAACAGAGACCAGAAUCUAUCUUUGGUAAAGUUUGUCUAUCAAGCUACCUUUUAAACAGUCUGCAGUGACUAGAUCAAGUAAAUGAUAAUUUUGGGCUUACUGACUGUCAUUGGGUAAUUAUUGUUCAGUGUUUUAACCACUCAUAAACAAGGUUUGACUAAGCAAAAAUUUCUUUGACCAAUCAAACCACCUUCCAAAAAUUAUUUUGAGCACUUGACAUCCUUUCACAGAGCAGACAGUAGUGACACUUAGAAAGUUUGCUGUUGUCGUGGUCUAAAGCUUGUUACUUGACUGUUGUUAGUUUGUACAUGUACUUGUACAUGUACUCAUAAAAUAUGCUGAUCUUUUUGUUUAGCAAAAGGGGAUCCAUAUGUAAAACUUGUGGUUGAUGGCAAACAACCUUCCAAAAAAACUGAGCCAGCCAAAAAGACAUGGGAACCAGUAUGGGAUGAGGAGUUUACAAUGUAAGUUCCACUUCAUGUCAGUUUGUCAUACAAAAUAGUUUGAAGGCACUGCCAUUGAUGGUUCUUCCUGAAUUGAACAAAACUACAUGUUGUUCACUCUCAUUCAGGGUUGGAAAUUAGCCUUUACCAAUAGUACCUGUUGGUCACUUAAGUGACUUCACUAAACACACAUUAAAGCAAUUUGUUUCAGGGAAAUAAUUUUAACAGAAACUGAAAGGGUGUUUCAUGAAUUUGCUGAAAAUUGUUCAUUUCUCUUGUAUUAUUACAUGUAGAUGAAGUUACACUGGAGCUUUUCGCCAGAGUUCCCCAGGGAAAUAGCUCGGGUUGGGCUAGAUCUGGGUUUUGAUCACAUUUUUGUUUUUUAGGUUUGUGGUUAAUAUCCUUGUUCGUGAACUGUAAAUAUUGAAGAAUGACAUAAACUGUGAAACAUUUUUACCCGUUAAAUAGAUCCUCCACAAGUGUUCAAUCUAGAAAUUUGUCAAAGUGUGUCAUACAUUUAUGUCCCGCGUGGCAUUUUGAAUUGGGUCAUUUCAUAAAAUUAAUGGUCUGGUUCAAACUAUGAUUUUGGAGUUUUUAACAACUGACAUCAUUGUUGGCUCAUGAAGUUUUGGAGGUUGACUUAACAAACUGACUUCUCCAGCUUCAUUGCCAUCCUUAUCCAGCCCAUCUUCAUGUUUUUCAGGUUCAACUGCUAUUCUCUUUUGCGUAAAAAAAUGAAUUUAGUUUUUGUUGUCACUUCAUAAUGAAAGGAAAAAAAAGAACAAACUAAUUCAACAAAGAUCAACAAACACAGCAUGAAAGAUCUGCAAGGCAACGUAUGCCGAACAUCAAAAUUUAUGCGCCAAUCUCUCUUGGAAUUGCAUGGAAAUGAAAUGACAGUCAUUUUGCAUGUUCAUUUCAGGCUUGUUAGCACACUUUUUUUAAAAUUUACUUUUAUUGUUGCCUGAUGUGUUUGAAUUGCUUAUAUACAAACUGUCUGAAGUAACGUUUUUUUGUAUCAGUAUGACUCCACGAUAAUUUCAUUUUGUGUCAAAAUAGAAUGUUUCGCAUCAAUGAUGCAAAAACACGGUGUAGAUUGAACACUGCUCCACAUCAAUUAUUUUUAGCAAUGGUGAUUCAGCCCUUAAUUUUGACACUACAACGAAGGUGUUGACUUCAUUCAUGCUUUAAAAAGGACUAACUGCAGUCACUGGCAAGUCAAAUUACAGUCAGGACCAUAAAAUUGCAUUUGAAUAUAUUAGAUGUAAAAACAUUCAUUCCUUAUGUUUUGUAUCUUAAUUAUUGGAUUAACAAAUGCAGAGCAAUAAUGGAAGAAUAUUAAAUUUUGUACCAUGUUCUUUAUUUUCAGCCUUGUGACACCUUAUAGUGUUUUAGAACUAGAAGUCAACAACAAAUUUUCUCUCAAGAGUGAUGUUCCAUUAGGAUCAGCAAAGAUUCAGUUAAACGAUGUGCUGCAUACAAAUCAUGGAAAAUGUAUGUUUCUCCUUGCAAAGAAGAAUUAAGAAUGAAAUAAAUGAUGCAUUCUUUUUUAGUGAAUGGGUAUAGUAUUAUCUUUUUUUAGUGGCAUGCCACUGUCAAUGUGUUUCUUGUCGUUCGUAACACUGUUACUGUAAGGAUUGUACAUGAAGGACUCAAGGUUACUGUUCUCUUUUUUAGUCCUUCAUGUAUUUCCAAAUUCUCUUGUAACUUCUCAUCUGAUUUAACAAUAGGAGAACCCUGGCACAUUUUAACUUUUGAGCAGACUAGACUAGAACAAAUCAGAUAAGUGAAAAACAAAAAUUGCUGUUAGUUUUAGCUUUCAGAGGCUGAUUUAGAUGCACACAUCGAAAAAUCAUUUAAAAAUUGAAAGUGCAAUUUUUUAAAAAAAUGGUUUGUUUGUUAAAUACAUGUAGCUAGUUAAGGUGUCUUGACCCAGUUAUUUUGUGAGGGUACCAUCCUACUUUGAAGAUCUCUGAUAUCCCCAACUUAACUUUGAUUGUAAGUCUAACAUAUAGCAUGGAUAACAUAUAGAUCAAUCUACAAUACAGCAUAAAAUUUUUGGCGAUCGGAGUAAAAUGUCACUUGGUUAUAUUGCCAAGCCUCUUUGGGGUCUGAGUAGAAAUUCUGCUGUUGAUGGCAAUUUUUCGUGAAAAUCGUUGGCUACAUAUAGUUUGCAUUAGUGCCUUGCGUUGAACAGGGUUUUACCAAAAAGACCUGGCUGACUUCCGAAUGCUCACCGAGAUAUGAUAAUUUUGGUACGGUGAGACAGGCAAUUGUGUGAUACAUAUAGAUUUAACUGACGACUUUUAAUAAAUUAUCAUACUUCUUGUGUCUUUGCCAAAAAAUCAAGAAAUGCUACACAAUCUCUUCUCCGUGAACUUCCUCUCUCACCUGAAUAGCAUUCAACACCCCGGCCAUUUUCUUUAGAGUUUUCAAUUCUCAGCAUGAUGUACACUCAGCUGGCUGGAGACGUCAUGUGACGGGAAUCCCUUCUAUUUUCUCAUACUAAAUUAUCAUAUCUCGGUGAGCAUUUGGAAGCCAGCCAAGCGCGGUCAUUGCACGCGUGCUGAACAAUAAUACUGUAUCAUGACAGACUAGAAACAAUAGAAAACUCCCAAAGCACAAACUCAGCCAAAAUGCUAAAAAUCUUCAAUGUUUAUAAAUUCAAGUUUGGUCUUAUAAAAGAUAAUGUCACAGUUUUUCAAUGACCAUGAAAUUCAGAAUCCAGGUAGUUAGUUAAUCAAUUGUGGCCCUGAAAAAAUUUGAAGGAAAAAAACUUCAUGUUUUUAAGACAAUGCUUUUUUUGUGAGAAGGACUCUUAAACGCUGUCAAACGUCAACAAAUAGCUAAAACUAAAAUUUCUAUGUGUUUGCAUUGCUUGAAAUGCGCAUUUACAAGGCCCUAAAGCUUUUUGCUGACUUGCAAGGACCCAUCUGUUAUAAAGAUCCCCAAAAUAAAGGGAUAAAUCUCAUAGUUUAUUAGGUAUAAUCGUUUAAAGUUUGCUUAUCAUUUUCACGUAAAUUAUGACCUUAAUUUGGAAACCGCUGAAUUUCUCACAUUGGGUCUUUCUGAUUUUGGUGAAACUCUGUUCAACGUAAGGCACUAACACAAACUAUGUGUAGCCGAGAGAUUUUCACAAAAAAAUGCCGGCAACAGCAGAAUUUCGACUCAGACCCCAAAGAGGCGUAGCACUAUAACCACAUGACAUUUACUCCGAUCCCCAAAAAUUUUAUGCUGUAAAUUGUAGAUUGAUCUAUAUGUUAUCCAUGCUAUAUGUUGCACUUACCAUCAAAGUAAAGGUGGGGAUACCAGAGAGCUUCAAAGUAGGAUGGUACCCUCACAAAAUAACUGGGUCGAGUCACCUUAAAUUAUUUGAUAUAGGGUUAUACGUUGUACAAUGUAGGUACUAACUUAUCACAUCCCCUUUCAUGAAAGACACCCCUUAAGUUAUCCAGUAACCUAAAGCCUUGGUGUGAUCAGAGUUUGCAUUUACUUUUGAGGGUGCAAAUAGAAGCUGUAAGGGAAGAAGGAUUGAUUUAUUGGAGUAUCUAUUGAAUUUCUAUUUCUUUUGCAGUGAAUAAACAUAAUUUAAAAGUGAAUAUUCUCCUGGACAAAAAUGGCACACCAUGUCAAACAGGUGUGCUGGAAGUUGUGCUUGAUGGAAUGAGUGUGAAUAUGAGACACUUUCCUCGAAGGCUACCACAUCAAACACCAACGCCUGUUGCCAAUGGCCCUUCUACAGCAAACACACUCCCAGUUAAUGGCGGUACACCAUCACGACAAACUCAACAGUUAGUAUUUUCAUUUACUGUCUUUUAAACUUUAUAUAAUUACUAUAUGCUCUCUUAAAGGACAUAUAAAUGGUUGUCUAAUGGUUUGUAAACACUUUAAGCCACUUAACAGAAAGAUGUUUGUUUAUGUAAUCUUGCAGAAAGCCACAAAUUGGAGUAGGAAUCCUUUCAACUUUUUUCUACAAUGAUUGUUUUGGAAAGUUUAGCAAAGAAAAAUUUAAUUCAAUCCAGUAUUGUUCAGUAGAGUUCAACAAACAGCACAGAACUAGGGUUUUAGAAUAUGGCAGUGCAAAGAUUUGGUGUUAUCAAUUGAGUUGAUAAGGUAGAUUGACCACCACAGGGAGAUAGAGAAGCUGGUGUUUUGAGCAGCAGCAUCAGAGCAAAUUGAUUCACCAGAACACUCUUUCUGGGCCUUGUCCUCUGAUGCUAAAAUAUCAGCUUCUGAAGUUCAGGCAUGUGCAGAGUGGAAAAGUUUGAGAUAGCCUUUGGGUUAAAAAGUGACACACCAGUCUCAAGUUUUACUGUAUGAUUGCCUUUUUUCAUUAUUAUCUUUUUUUUCGCUAAGCGCAUGCAUUUACUAGGCGGGAAACAUUUUGGGAAAAAACUUUAAGGAGUUUAAGAUAUGAUGGAACGUUACUUGUGCAAGUUAGUUGUAGAAAAAAAUUUGCAUGGAAAUUUUCUGGUCAAAUUUUCAUGGUUUCUUGUGAUAUAUUUUUUUUCUGGCCUGUUGGACUCAGUAAAUUGUGCUCACCAGGUUAGUGCAGGUCAGUGGUGAAUGGUUUAACAGGUUAACAACAUUAGUUUUUUGUGUUGGUGUAUUUGAUUUCACUUGACACUAUACUCAGUCUCUUAUGCUUACCCUUGUGCUUGUGCUGCAAGUGAAAAUUGGCUUUCUACAUGUUUAAGAAAAUCUUUAAAUUUAAAUGAAAAGUGUUAACCUUUCCAACACUUUUUGGCUAUGACUGUAGGUUAGAGCAUACUGACUUAGGUCAGCAUAUUUACUUUGUCUCAGUUCCAAAAAUUUACCCAGGUGUUAUUGAUCAAAUUGAUGUAAGAUAAAAAACUAACCUACAAAGAAUUGGACAGACUGAUGAGUGACCUAUAACAUAUCUAGGUUGAAAUCCAAAACGCUGUUGUCAAAUCUCUAUUAGCUGGCCCUCCAUUAAACAGACAUCUUCUAUUGAGCAUACACGUUUCAAAUUCACUUACAUUAGUUCUGUAAAUAAAGCAAAUCCAGGGAAGAUAUGAACAACCAUAUGAAUUUUCUGAAUUUCCAUGGUACAUAUUAAGGCAUAUUUUCCUACCAUAAGACCAUCAAACAAUAAAAAAGACAGCAAAAUCGACCUUCCUCUUCGCUGACGGCGGAUCAUUCACGAAAACAACCACGAGAGGAAUAAGUGCUUUCAACUUCCGGCGUUUCCCACAGCCAAUCAGAUCUUGUGGCAUUGUUCUAACAGCCAAUCACAUAAAAGCCAAAAUCUGGCCGUAACAAGCACAAACGUGAGAGAGUUUGUAUCAGGCCCAAUUUUAGCGCUGGCUGUUAGAGAGAAUGUAUGAGAACCGCUAAAAUUGGGCCUGAUCUCAGGUUAGUUUACAAAAUAAGGUAAAAAGUUUACAAUUUCUUAUUCUGGGACUGGGUUACAAUAAUGCCAAAAAUAAUAUGUGUGUAAAAUAGAUAACAUACUUUGUUACUAACUACUACUAUUGAGCAGUUCAAAACUAUACACUAACGCUUAAUAUCACACUAUUGUUUAAAGGGUGGGCUCAUAUUUGAGGCUGGGGAAAAAGCUACUCGUAUAUCUUGCCGUACAGCACUUUGGUAGGACUGAGUUGUCAGGGAGCACGUCCAAAUAUCGGUAGGGAACCCGAUCAUGGAAAACGGACCUGAUUAAUUUUCCGAUAGUUCGGAAUUGGCACCGAUCUGUAGGCACCAGUUGCCGUUUCCGAUUAUGAUAAAAACUUUGCUGAUUCAAUCGAAGCCAAUUGACAUUCUGAUGUUCAUAUGUGUCACGUCAUAUUAUAUUAUGUUACCUGAUAUAAAAUGAAGCGUGUCACGAAACCAAAUGAUGAAAGAGUCGUUUCACUCCAAAGUAAUUUCUAUUGACUGUACCUUUUUCCUACUGAUCCAUAACAAAUAACAAUAUUGUAUGUUCCUGUAUGUUGUGUUUCAAGUUUGUUGAUUUGAUGUGUGCCUACACGUGCUUUUCGACGUUUUUCAGAGAUAUUUCCUUCAGUCAGUCACAAACACCACGCUACCCCAUAAAAUUUAUUUUAUGAAAAUUAAAAGGAGUUACAUGUGUAAAUAUUACGACGCAAAACACAUGUUCUUUAUACAUAGCAAACAAAACACCAUACUGAGUAGUCUGUUCUGUACUUGAUACUUUCUAACAAUCAAUCCGAAAUCAUAACCAGAACUCACUUUCUCGAAACACAACUGGAUGCAUAGACUUGCUACAAGUAGACCUCUCAGGUUUCCUAGUGAGCAGAGCAGGAGCAAAACCAUGGAUAAUAUAAAACCACAGGAUAAACUUUUACGAAAAUUUGCGUCUUUCAUUCAACGAUCGUAAACGAAAGGUGCAAUGCGAUCUGAGGCAAAAAAUACCUGCAACCAAUUAGAUUGUGGCCUUAGAUUGUCUCCAGGGAAUUAGCAAAAGAAUUGAAAGAUUCCCACGCUCAUGAGUCACGGAAGACAUGGAACAAAGUUUCAUACAGGAGCUACCAAAGAGAGAAUGGCGACUUAGCUGUUCUGUGAGCUUGAUCAUGGUGCCACAUGAAAUUGCUUUCCACUCUCAGCACUUAGGAAAAUUUGCCCUUGACUCAAGGUGCUGACUUUUUGACAAAAAUCAGAACCUUUUUUACCGGAGUGUUCAACCGACACAAAUUGUGCAUACAUCCGGUAAGUUUGACUAAAGUUAAUAGCGGAAAGAGAAUCGAUAAAGAGAAAACCAGUUGAACGCCUCCUUCAGUCACUUUUAUGAGUUCAUGCAACCAAUAAACAACUUGCAACCUGAUUCUCAGAUGAUGUCCUCUUCUCUCCUGUGGCAAUUUAAAAAGUUAAAGUACACAACUUGGUAACAGCAUUAAUUUUGCAUUUUGGUCAUGGAUUUUCUGGCUUCUUUUUAUUUUUUUCGCUUAAAGUCCUAAACUGUUUAUUCCUCCAAAGAUUCUUAUAAUCAUGCGUUUUGGGUUCCGGUUAGCACGGGCCCAAGCUAUUUCAAAAUUAUCAUUUUGAGAUCGUACACUUGCAAUGAACAUUGGGCGGUCUUUCACUCAAAAGAUGCUCUUUAGCGUUGUUGAAUGACCUGCUGUUUCUUCUCAUGCCCAUUUUGUUACACAAAUUUAAUCUUUUCUGGUCAUACUCUGUCAUAGGAAAUACAAGCAAAAUAAUGUUCGAAACCGUGACGUUAAAUUUCGUUUGAAACAAGACACAUUUAUAAGAAAGAUAAGGUUAAUAAUUAGAAGAAACACUUUAUCUGCUGGUCUGCAACAUUUAAAUUGGAAAUUUAACGUGUUUGUGUAUCGAAAAACAGUCAUUCACUCUUUUACUUUUGUUUUUGUGACGGGUUAUUUGAGCUGCCAGAUAUUUUUGAUGACCUAUGUUAAUUGGCCUGAUAAAGAAUUGAGACUCGUUGCCGAUUCCGUUUCAUUUGGUACGGAUAAUAUCAGGUCCGACAUUCAACAGAAUCGGAAAAAAUCGGUACCCAAUUGAUCACCAUCGGUGUGACCUGAUGCCGAUAUUUGGACGCGUUCCCUUACUAGAGCGUAAAUUGUAAGGCUGGCUCUCAGCACACAAGGGAGGCAAUAAGUAGUGCAGGCAUGACUCUGGGUUGUCACAGAUGCUAUGCCACACUCUAAAUCACAAGUCAAUAUGUCACGAAAGUGUCAGUAUAGUGGGUAUUGGGGAAUAAGAUAUGUAAUGCCCUUUUCUGGACUUGCUCGACCUUGUCACUGAGAUAGACAGGUAGGCUGUUUGACCACAGCACACAACAGUAUUUCCGAACUGAGUGUAUAAAUGCAAAGUAGACAUUGAGGAGGUCACUAGAGGGGAUCCCAGCCUGUUUCAGAACCCUAAGAAUGUAAAGACACCUUGGUAUCUAUUUUGUUGAUAUUGUCAUUACACUUAAGGGUGUCAUACAAUGUAAGCCCGAGUACUUUAUUGGAGGGCACAUUUUCCACAGGAAGCAGCGCGCAAAGAAAGUAGUGUCCGAUAGCCCAGGGCUAGUGGAUUUUGCUAUCGGGCUAGUGAAUUCUGUUCUUAACUUGCCCAAAGGGCAAUUGAAGUUUUUUGAGGAAUUCAAUUUAUGGAAGAACUGUGAAAUCAAUUCUGCUCAUCAAAACGUUUUUGGGGCUUGUUGAAAUGACAUUUUGGCUAAUAUUUGCUAGCCUCAGCUUGCCCAAAUGGCAAGCUGUAAAAAAUGACUUUCUGUGCACCCUGGGAAGAUUGUUGAUAAGAAGUCGUGGAAGGUCAGGUCUGCUAGUUUGGAGAGUACAAAUCGUCAUCUCGUUGCACUUCUUCAAGUGUAGGUUCAUCUUGUUUGCGAUGAACACUGGGAGGUGAUUGGUUUGCAGGGAAGAUGUAACACCCACUGUGACAACCUCUGAUAUUGUAAGGUCGUCAGCAUACUUCCAGUGACUGGAGCUUAGGGGACAUUGACUGCUAGAUCGUUGAUCAUAAUUGAACUGAAUAGGCCUUUUGCAUUAGUUGAUCACAUGAUCAACUUUCAGUAAACAUGAAAACAGUUCACUUUCGAAAAAUGUUGUUAGUACGAUUUGAAAGAGCAUAUUAAAAUUAGGUAGCCUGUAAAUUUUCAGCUGUAUAUCUUAAAAGUAGCGAUUGCAACAGCCACAGAGUAGAUCCUGAGAAACUAUCUUUGAAAAACUCAAAACUUUACAAAGGAACGUAUGGGCUCACAAUUUCGCAGUUUUCGAUGGCUGCUGUUCCGAUCCUUUGUUGUUGCUUGCAAAGUGCUGAAAAUUGCUCAAAAUUAACCAACUCUUUUCAACUUUUGAAUUUAAUUUGUGCAUACAGUGAUGUCUUCUUUGGGUUAACUGGUAUGCUAAUGAGCAAAAAUGUAAACAAUUUUGUCAGCAAAGAUUUGCCUAUUGCUUUAACAAAUAUCAACAGUCUUUACUGCUGGUGACAGAUAUAUGUUGUUUCACUUUGAACCAUAAAGUGAUCAUGUAUCAUAUUGUAUCCCCUUAAUUUUGGAAUCUAGUUCCAUUUUGCCAUGUUAAAUAACAUCCUAAAUUUUAGAACAAUUUUAUGCCGGGUUUUUUGACAGUUUUUUAAAGUAGUGGCCAUAUUUCUGAAAACACUGGAUGCUACCAGACGCCAAUUUAUUUGAAUUUAUCAUUUAGCGUACUGCAGGCAUUUUUCUAAGGCUUGAAAAAUCUGUAAUUCUGUGAUGUGCAUUUCACUUGUCUCUUGUGAGUUGAAGAACUCCAAAUUCAAAUAAUUAUUGGCUUCAAAGUACCGGACAUAGAAUGGUAAAUGACCAGACGAAACAUUUGGCCUCUGGCUUCAAACGAAACCCCUGACUUUUAUGAAUCAGUCACCUCCUUACCUGGCUAUUUCCCAAGAAUGAGUGACCGCAAGGUUUGGAUGUAGUUUGUUGAGUUAACAGAAUUAAAUGUAGUUUACAAUUCUAAUUACAACCAGACUUAUUUUCCUAGAGUUUUAUGGUCAAGGUGUACAUGUAUUUGUACUCCAGAAAACCAGUUUUCUACAAUUGUUACAUAUUCAAGAAAAUGUAUACUCUUCUUAAUUGUAAAUAUAAAUCUAAAAUACAGUAAAAUUCUUAUGCUUGAUGAUUCUACUUGCGUUUUUGUUCAGGAGAACAAAUGAUGGUGGUGAUGUACAGAGGCGACAUCCCAGACAGUCAUCUGCUCGGCAGAGACCAGUUAGCACUGGAGCUUUAGGAACAGCUACUGUAAAUACUCCUCAGAGUUCAUCCCAAGGAAAUAACACCAGAAAUAGUGUAACAACAUCUACCCCACCUGCUUCUCAUCCACCACACCCCCAAACACAAUCGGCUCAACCAGGUACAGUCUUUUAAGGAGUCUUUUUGCUGUGCUGUAAAAUGAUAAUCUUUUAAAACCCUUGAUUUUUAGCUCACAUUUAUAUCAUUAACUUAUUCUGUGGGCAUUCUGAAGAUGAUGAUGUUAUUCACAUUAAGUGUUUCUGCACUUGUAUAAAUUAUGCAUACAACCUUAUGAAAAAUUAUCAUUGAAUUUUCACAUCUAAAAAAAUCAAAGAAAGUUGUACUUUACUGUAAUUUGAACCGUGUAUUCAUUAUUGACUAGUUUGAACUUAAGCCACAAGGCAAUGCCAAGAAUGAUCCUCCCUGUACAUGUAAGUGAUGUCAAGAUAAUUGUUAACAAUGUAACAGAAGAUUGUUCUUUUUUCACAGGAAAUAAUUUGAAUGCAUCACCAUCAGCAAGGCAAAGACAAGGAAAUGAGGAACCACUGCCUCCAGGGUCAGUCAACACUGUUUGUAGUAUCAAAUCACUCCCAUAACUAUCAAGUGCUCUCAUAUUUAUUCAAAAAAAAAAAUGACACAUACAUUGUAAAAAAAAACCCUCUUUUAUUAACUGUUUGUUUUCUUAGGUGGGAGCAGCGUGUAGACCCUCACAGCAGAAUUUACUAUGUUGAUCACAAUACACGUACAACUGCAUGGGAAAGACCUCAACCCUUACCACCAGGGUAAGUCGAAUAAAGAACUGCUGAUGAUGAAGCUUUUGAGGCAUGCAACAGGGGCAGUUGGUAAUGUGGUAUACCAACCAGUUAUAGUUCGUACCUUUAUAAACUAGUUGUGUUCGUUUAAAAGCAUUUGUGACCUCUCACGGGGAAACAUACCUAACAGCUUUCCGUUUUCAAAUGGCUGUCUGUUUACAAGCCGUUUGUCAACCAUUGUGUAGUUCCAGAAAAUAUCCAGACCCCCACCACGGAGGGAAUUUUAUUUACGACCCCCCCACCUCCCUGGAUUUUCCAUUUUUGCAGGGAACUGAUGGCCCCCCCACCCCUCUGGAAUUUCCACAAGUAUGACAAAGACCCCCCAACCCCUCUGGAAAAGUCAUUUUCACAAAGAAAGACUAUUACCAUAGGGGAAAUUGAAGCCAUUUAUGGUAGUACGCAACCAUUUCCGUCAGAAGCUUGUAUGCUUCUGUUUCCAUCUAUUUGAGCGAUCUCGCAACAUUAAAACACACUAUACGCCACAGUAAAAAAAAUCUGCAAUUUUUGCUCAUCCUUUACUUUAAAUGAAACAGAUAAAGUUAAUAAGUUCCUUUUCAUUUUCCCUUAAUUUUGUGGUUGAAGGUGUGGCAUGUUCGUGAUCAAAAUCUUGCUAAAAUGGUGUCGAUUUCACCAAACAUUACGGCCAUCGCGAAUCACGUCGCAUUAGUCGAUCGAAAAACAGUGUAAAAUGGUUCUAAAAUGGUUCUAAAAUGGUUACAAUGUAUAGCUUGUGCUUCGUGAAGCAAAAUUGCGACUCUACUGUUCUUCAAUUGAUCGAUCGACUGACGGAUCGUGAUGUGUUGCACGUGUUGAUGUCUUGAGGGAGACUGGUAACGAGUAAUGGCGGCCGAAUAUACGAGCAUGCGAUAAAACGAGUUCUACUCGGUCUAGUUCCUUUGAAAUUGCAUCCAGAACGCUUUUGGAAGAAAGGAAAUUUGGUUAAGAUCAAAAGAAACAAUCUUAAAUGAUAUAUUUCAAGUUAUUUAUGUCCUAAAAAUGAUCUACCAGGUCGGUAAGAUGCAAUGGUCGAACUAAGGUCGAAAACGAAAUGAUAUUGACCCCCUAGCCUGGAAAGUAAUUUGAUUGUCGAACCCCCCUCCCCUCUGGAAUUUCCUGGGUCUCUGACCCCCCCACCCCCUUAGAAUUUCCAAUUCCCUCCGUGGUGGGAGUCUGGAUAUUUUCUGGAACCACACAUUCUAACAAAAGGCAACAAAGGCUUGAUCACCCAUUUGCUUGAAACAUCAACUCGUUCAAACGGCUUUGUCACCUGUUCGUUGGAAACAUCAACCCAUUUGAACUACUUGGUCACCCGUUUGUUGAAGGCAUCAGGUUGAACGAACAACCUGGUCACCCGUUUGUUGAAGACAUCAGGCCAUUUGAACGGCUUGGUCAUCCGUAUACUAUCAUGGCAUCCCUUCAAAUUUUCUGUCAAAUGACAUGGAAGACGAGUAACGCCAUCUGUUCAAAAUAUUUCACUUGUUCAAGUGGUCAGUUAAUUCAAUGUUUUAAGAAAUCUGUUUGACUUCAUUGGCACAAGUUUGUAGGCUUUAAACUCUUUUUUGGCCUUAUUAAAACAACUUGCUUACACUAGCGAUCAAUUCCUUAUCAGACAAAAAAUUGAAGCUAAAGAUAUCCUAUGUAAACAAACAUUUCAAAAGAAACCCUCCAAACACUUUUGCUUUCCGCAUGUUCGUCAGUUUUUUGCUCACGGUAGCACAAAUCAACAGAGGAAGGAAAUACUGUGGGUAAUAACAAGAACGUCAGAUUCUAGUAGUUGUGCGCGAGCAGGACUUGGGAUAUAGUUUUUUUUGGCAGACAAUUUUUUUUUUGAGAGUUGGAAACAACUUGAGAAUGAAGAGAAAAAGUUCCACAUUACUCAUUUUUAAUUUGUUUGCAUUGAAACAAAUUCCUGGCGGGUCAAAUUUCAAGCAAAAUUAUCAUCUUGUUUUUAAAAAGCUUUCAACAGAAUCGGGGUUUUCCUGAUGUAGUUUUGAAAAAAUUACAAUCUCAAAUAGAGAUGCGUGUUAGCAAACAGUUGUUAUUGUCGAUAUGAUGCAAUAGAAGUUUCAUUCCAGGAAAAAGUGAAUGGCUUGCUGUGAGAGAUUGUCAGGCUAAGCUGUUUAGUUGUUUGGGGAACCCGUUUGGAAAUUUUGAUGAGUUGUUCGAACGGGUAAGUAAGCCGUUCCCCCGUUCAUGUUAGCGGUUCGAAAAACCUAAUAACCUGUUCAGUCAUUUGAGGAACCCGUUUGAAGGGGUGAGUGAGCCAUUAGCUUGUUCAUGUUAGCUGUUUGAAAAAAAUGGCUACAUUUUUACCUGUUCAGCCAUUCAAUGAACCUGUUCGAACAGGUGAAUGAGCUGUUUGCAACCCGUUCAGAAGCCGUGUUUCACCCAUUUAUUGGGAGGCCCUUAGGUAUGUCUUCCUGUGAGAGGUCACAUUUGCUUUGGAUUGAAUGAUUGAAAGCUUUUUAAAUAGCUGAGUAUGAUCUGGUCAGCUGUCUUUUCCUCUUGCCCAGAGACCCAAAAUCUGAAAAUGUGCUGUGUAAAGAUUUGGUUCUGUGAGUUAACAUCUCACAGCAAUUGAUUGCAAGGAACUAUUAUAAAACUACAGUGUAUUAUGGCUAUUAAACACAAGAAGCUCAUUAAAACAUAAUUUUUUUUAGGUGGGAAAGGAGAACGGACUCAAGGGGAAGAACUUAUUAUGUAGAUCACAACACAAGAACUACAACAUGGCAACGGCCAACUGCAGAAACAGUUAGAAACUAUGAAAACUGGCAAAUGCAGCAUCGAGCUCUCAUUAACACAGAGCGUCAGAACUUCCAACAGAGAUUUCUUAUCCCAGUUAGUAGUGGUAUUGUGGUUAAAAUGGAUUUAGAUUGCUGACGCAAAUAUUUUUUUCUGUAUAUUUGUUGUCGUUGUUGUUGUUGUUGUUGUUGACAUACUGCUUUGUUAUUUUCAGUGAAGCAAAGUUUUCUUGGCCAUUUUUAAAUAAUAUUAUAGCUAGUACAAGGUGAACUUCUGUUCUCUGUGGCAUCCAGGAACUUGCCAUUCCCAGCCGACAAGCUUUCUUAAAUUGGUUGGGUAAAAAGGCAAUAUGUCAGAGGGUGAUGGUGCAAUGUUACAUGUAUCUACCAAUGUUGACUGCUUGCUGUGAUCUGGUUUCAUAAAAUUGUACUUCUUGAAGUUUUUCUUCUAGGGCUAUUAGUAGUGGUAACAGGAUUGAGUGGAGUCCAAUUCAGUUUGUAGUCAUACUCAUGAUUAACAAAAUGGAAUGGGUGACCGUUUAGCGGGAGUCCGAUUAGUUUAAUCAUGAGUGUGAUUACAGACUAAAUUGGAUGACACAAAGUUCUGUUAUCAAUUAAUCAUAACUUUAACAAAAUUUUUGAUAUACAAGGCUCUUUUUUUAAAAUCAAAACACAAGAAAUUCUGCCAAGAUUUGUUUUCUUGCUAGUGGUGAAAAAAGUUAUUUAAGCACGUGCGUCAUAGCACGUCCUGUCCAAUUACUUAGGCAUGAUGCAUACUGUCGUAUUAAACUUUCCUAUUAAGGCUGAAGUCAGGGCAGUUGAUAGCCAAAAAGUUCGUUCCUCCACUUUAUAAGUCGGUAUUUCAGUAUGAUUGGACUUGGUAAGGAAAUCAUUUCAACAAAAGUUGUGUCUUUCAAUAUAAUUCACUAUUUUCAUACUUGUUGUGCCAUCUUUUGACUGGAAUAUUCGAUUUGUGUACUUCCACGCCAAAGGUGCGCGUGCGCGAGUAUAUUUUCCAGCCACAUAUUUUUUGUAUUUCAUAGCCCGAAUUGCUCUAACUCCUUCCUUGCUUCACGAAAGAUAAACCCCCUUAACGCAAAAACAUUCCGCUGCGUGAGAGCAGAACCCUGUAUACUCCGAUUUACUGGCUUAUCUGUUGUAGAAAUUGCUAAAAAACUGGAAAAAUUCGAAUUUUGGGUGGUAGAAUGAUCAUGGAGAAAUGAAGGUUUUGAAGGCAAGAAACUAAGGGGAAGACCAAAAGCCCUGAAUAAAGCAGCUAAAAUAGUUUUAACAAGGGCUAGAUACAAAAUAGGAGACUUGACAAGGAAGCUCGGUCUCACAUAGUUAGCAAGCCAAAUAAAAGGGUCGUGAAAAGCUGUUUAAAAUGUUUAAAAUUAGAGGCCCCUGAGAUGGCAAAAAAACCUUCGCUUAGUCUGCCAAUCAAUGCCCAGCUCGUCAUUUGUAAAGAAGUACAAAUGCCUUGCUGUGGAAGUGGGCUGGGAUGAUUAUCUUUUUUGGUUGAAUGCCCAAAAUAUAUUUUUUCAGCUGCCUAAACUAAACAAAUUUUGUUUGGGGGUUGAACUGGAUCCUGCGCACCGGGUGAUAAAAAGGCUCAAAAUGGAUCAUUUGUGGGUCUACACGCUGUAUCCCAAUUCAUGCCUCAACGGCUACAGAAUGUGAUAACAAAACAAAAAGGGCAUGUCAGUUACUGAAAUUCUGAAUACAUGUACUUGAUCAUGAUAGAAAAAUAAACAUCUUCUGGCAAUUUCAUGUAAAAAUAUAGUUUUGAUCAAAAGUUAUAGUGCAUGAAAUCAGAGGAACGAACUUUUGGGACACCCUGUAUAGCAAAUCAUGUAAUGAGAAACUAGUUAAUUUUGUUUCCUGGAGAAUCUCAGUGUUUCCCUCAGCCCCAGGAAACUCUGAGAUUCUUGGAGAACAAAAUUAACUGUUUCUGUUGGGACUAGUUGUUAAAUUGCCACUAAUUGAAACAAAACUGAAUUUUGCACAGAGAAAUGCAAAAGAGACAAGAUUUAAUACUGUCAGAUCAAACUAGCAUACAAAGGAACGUUAAAGACAAAACAAUUGUUGUAUAAACAAUCUGAUGCAAAAAGGUUAAGAUAAGGAAAGCAAGGGGGGUCAAGCAAGCAAAUCACAACUAAAGAAACUUCUAGUCAUUCAGAAACGCGCUCUUCGCUUUAUUCGUUUUGCUAAACCGCUUGAUCAUGCCAUUCCUCUCUUUAUCAAUGCAAAGAUAUUACCAAUUAACUUUCUCCAUUAUCAGCUACUAGCAGAAACAAUGUCUGAUGUGAGCAACAACUUAGUACCUACAAACAUUCAGGAAUUGUUCCGUGUACAUUCAUACAGCACUAGGUUGUCAACAUCUCAAAACUGUUAUAUAAAAAAAUCGAAUCUUGAAAUCCAAAAAAACUCUUUCUAGUGAGUUGGUGCCAAGUCUUUGAAUGAGAUACCGACCAAGUUGCACACAUUUUCCAAACACAAAUUCAAAUUUAAUAUUCAUGCAUCAUUGCUUCAUAUAUUGGAGACUGGGGAUACUUAUUAUGAAAUAGAUGAAAUUAUUCUUAAAAUGAAGAAAGCAGAACCAAUUUUUUUGUAAUUCUACCUAUAAGAACAGUGAGCUAAUGUUUUGUUUUCCUUUGAUCCUUGGAGUUUUAAAUGCAUCUUUUUCAUAUGUUUUUCUUUGUAAGAUUAUAAUUUUUGCAAUUAGUCCGCUCCAUAUUUUUUUGAAAACUGAUGAAUCUCUCUUGCUUUCUCCUUUUUUUUUCUUUACCUUAAUUUACUUGCAGUUAUUUUCUUUUUGUAUCAUUCCUGGCCUGCCUAGACUAGCUACAGCUAUUUGCGGUGCCAGGACACUUGUAAAAAUAUUCUUUAGAAAAUUUAUAAUAAAGUCUUGGAGUCUUGAAGUCUUGGAAAGAAAAAGAAAUAGUUCCAUACCAUUCAGCUACAAAUUUAGAGUAAGGUUGUGUCUCUUUGCACAAGUGGUAAAUUUCAUGUUACAAUGUUUCAAUUUUUGGCAAGGAUAUUUCUACUUCAUAUUUUGAGUUGUUACAGUAUACAUUUCAGUUUCUUUUUGCAGGUUAGGGUUAACCUUGUUUGGGUCAUUAUUUAUCAAGAACACUGUUUUUUUUUUUAUUAAUAAAACAUUUUUUUAGCAAUGUAUUAUUUUGUGAUUCAUAUUGGUGAAGUAAGAUUGCAUUGCUUUAGCAGACUGCUGGUGCACCAGCAGAGGCAGAUCCCCUUGGACCUCUACCAGCUGGCUGGGGUAAGUACUCUUUUUGCCUAUGAUAAUAUUGUGUAGUGCCAGAAAAAUAUCCAUACCACCCCCAUGAAAGGGAUUUACCCCAUGUCCCCUCUCCCUCUGGAUCUUAUAAAAGCAGCCCAAAAGUUUACGCCUGCUACCCUCUGGAAUUUCCAAAAUUUUGGCAUACCACCUGGAAAUAUUCCCAUUUGUAAAAGCAGUGCUUUUACAAAGAUGCCAAAUUUCAUGUAUUUUCUGUAAGCACAUACAACAGAUCAGCAAUAAUAGUAAUUCCUAGUGUGACAAGGUGAACAAAUUGUUCAAAUCAAAACAAGUACUGGUAAUGCUCUGAGUUGUGAGUCUCCAAUUUCAUUUUGGUUUUGUCAUGCAAAUUGUACAAAGUUUGGGCUUGCAUGUUUGAUGAUGGAAAGAUUCAUGAUACAGAUAACUUCUUGAGAUUAAAAAAAAUUCAAGUGCAGAGAAGAGGUAACUAAUAGAAUUAGUAUUUUUUUAGGGAAGAUCAGACUUGGCAGACUUCAUUCACAUGGCAGGCAACAAAAAAUGUUCUUGGGAAUCAUAGCCUGAGAAAACAGCUGACAUUUGGUGACUCUACCACUAAGUAGUUUCCCCGUCAAAUGACAUCUGAGAAAUGAAUGUGGUAAUUCCAUACUGAUGACACGCCACUACCCAGAUCUGGGUAGUGCUUCUGAUUGGUCAUGCCGCGUGGGAAAUUUGAUUCAACCAAUCAGAGGCACUACCCAGAGCUGGGUAGUGAUGCAUCAUCAGUAUAGAAUUUCUGCGCUCACUUCUCAGACUUCAUUUGGCGGGGAAACCAGUGCUGGAGUCGCCAAAUGUCGGCUGUUUUCUCAGGCCACGGGAAUCAACGUUCAUUUCCAACCAAAAACUAAACAUGUUAUCUUUCAACUCAAUUCUAUAUAGUAUUAAAAGCAGAAAUAAAAAUAUUGUAGACAAGCCUAAGGGAAAAUAUCAGUUCCAAAAGAUUAAAAUUCAGCGUUUAUUUGGGUUUUUGCCAGCGGAUCUAAUUUCGACACAAAUUUGCUGGACACUGUCUAUCAGAAGUUCACAAAUCAAAUCAAAAAUAAAUGCACAGAAGGUGAAAUUCGGAAAUGACCUUGUUCAAUUAACUUUAAUGUUCACUUAACCCGCUCAUUUAUCUAACCGUGGAAUUUAGUGUUUCCAAAAGUAGGAUGACCAGCAAAACGUUCAGGGUCAUUUCACCUGCCUGAAAUUACCUGUUUCACACUUUCCUUUCCUCUGUGUUUUUACUGAGCUGCUUCACCAUAGACAUCUAUGUAACUGGAAACAAGAAGAGUUGAUCUAAAUUGACUUACAACCGUUAAUUCACGUUGACAAACCGUUAAAAGAACUGUUGGUACCAAAAGUAAUUUCAGAUUGCACAUUUGAAGUUCAGGUGUUUGAAAGUUAGAAUGUUGGUGCUGUGCUGAUAGGCAAAGAUCAGCUUUUGAUUAACCCUCUGUUUUCUAAUGUUAAACAGAUUUUGGUUAGCAUACUCAUUCCCAGAUAAAGUCACAAUGUUGUCUUGGUCAAUAUUUGUGUUGUUUCGCUGCAAUCUCGUUCCCAGGUUCUCUCUCCUACCCGUCAAGAGACGCUGGUUGGGUCUGGUCACAUGUCUCCCAGAAUCAGGGAGAUUACAAACAAAAGAUUUGGGGGAGGGGCAGAUAAGUGUGAGUUUUUUUCUCUGCAGGGCGUAGACAGGUCAGUGGAAAGUGCAGCCAUGAAACCUGACCUGAGCUCAAAUGCCAAAAGUAAUUCAAAAAUUAUUUCAGAGCAAAAUCAUAUCUUCCUGCAGAAUAUCUGCAUGUUAAUCGGAUGUUAAUCUUUUGGGAACGCUUUCAUUUGGUACAUGCAGAGGGAAUUGAGGAUUCACAGCUUGUGCAGUAAAAAAUAAUUUAGGUAGUAGUAUUCAUACCGAAAUGCACUAGAUUGGAAUUGCCAUUUCUAUGUUGUGGAGGCCACUUUAGAAAACAGUUGUAUGUGUUUUCAAGACUAUGAUUAUGCAGUUUGAAAGGGUGCCAAUAAGGUGUAUCAAGUGUUGCUGUCCUGACCAACCUCGAAAGUGAAUUUUAAAAACGGGUUGAAGCAACAGGAAGCUAAGAGAGAUUACUCUAUCCAGAAACAGAAUCUUGAAAGAGUACAUUUUUAGCUAUGGUUCUGUCUCUUUCAGUUUUUUUUGUCAUCCUUUAAAAUCAGCAGGAUAGCCGUAAGCAUCUUUGUUAAAAAUUAUGGCUUGCACGACUGACAACGGUUUAUUGUUCCUUACCGGUAUUUAAUUUUCCCGAGGUUCUGGUAUGCUGUAGAGGAUUUUCAGAAAUCACCAAGCCACAUGUGUUUUUUAAUUAAGUUUUCAUAUGGACCAUAUACAAGAAAGCCUUUUACUUGGAAGGUUAUGUUGUUCGUUAUGUCUCUGUUUAUACUAUUUCAUGGUGUCUUCUGUGUGUGUUGUGGUCAUCCAUCAGUUUCCAUUUGUAUGCACGUACUACUGGUAUAUAAUUUUUUAUCUCUAUUUACCUCUAAAAGCAAUACGUUUUUUAUUGCCUCAUCAUAAAAAAAGGUUAGGGGGUAGAGAAAGCCGACAUUUCAGACCAUAGCUUUCCAUAAAGUCACUAGAUCUGAAAUAUUAUUUUGACCCUGAAUGUAUUAAAAAUUAAUUCCCUGCUCUCAAUGUAACUGCUAUGUUUUGUCACAAAGUCCCUAAGACCACCAAUGGUGUAGGUUUUGCAUAUACUUAUUCGGGCUGAUUACCAACCCAAAUACUUUGAAACUUUCAACUCGAUGUCAACAUACAGGGAUUUUCCCUUCACGAAAUUACCAUGCUUGUGUAGAACUUUAGCGAUUGGUUUCAUCAGUGAAACUGACAACGCGAGUUUUUGAUUCCUUCUCUGGUUAUUCACUUCUUUAUCUAGUUUAUCCAGUAGGGUUAGCAACUCUAUAUUCCUCUCAAUCAUUGCGCAAGCGGUGAAAAUGAACCAACCAGAAAAUUGAGAGGCAAAGGAAUCUUCCCUCAGAAUUAAUUUUGUCCUGGAGUCAUGUGACCAGACCCAACCAUGAUCUGUCACUCUCUCUCUCUCUCUCUCUUGCUCUAUAGGGACAGGUAGGAGAGAACCCUGGGAAUGAAGUUGGUUUUGUUGUUAAUUUCUUACAUAUCAUGAACAUCUCUGGAAAUGAUAUAUCUUUUUAGUACACCUCCUCCCCCAUGGAAAUUUGACCCCUUCCUUGGGGGUGGUGUGGAUAUUUUCUGGAUGUAUGCAUUGUGACCACCAAGUCAUGAACAUCUCAUCACAUGGCAGCUCUUUCCUGCUCACACUUAUUUGUUAUCAAUUUAACGAACCAACAAAAAGUUCAGUUCAAUGUUGCUUGUCAUGUAGGCAAUUCCCUUGACUGUCAGCUAAAGCAAUUGAAUUAAUGUUUCUGUAGAAAAAAGAGUGGAAGCCAAUGGAAGAGUUUACUUUGUCAAUCAUAACACACGUGCUACCCAAUGGGAAGAUCCUCGCACUCAAGUGUAAGUAUUGGUUUGAAGAUGACAUCCCAGACAGUGCUCCAAAGUAAAGUAUUAGGUGUGGUCGCACACACAUCAUGGCAUAUGCAAUUGUCCCCAUCUCCCCUACCCCUCCCCCCCCCCCUGCCAAAAACACACAUACACGCAUUAAAUAAUGUUGUGGUAAAACGUUCUUUUAGUUUACCAUGAUAGCAUGUGAUCGGACAUGGAUUAAUAAUAAAUUAAAAAGGUUUGGUCAAUAACAAUACUAAGUGGAAAAAUCAGGACGAAAAUCACUGUGCUAGAAAAUGGCAACAUUAUCGUGUAUUUUUUCCUGUCUUGCUCCCCAUUUAGGAGUAUUAGUGCAUAUUUUUUUAAAAAUUUUUUGCUACAUUCAUGUAAAUUUUCACUAUUUAUUUAUUUUUUUCACGAUUUAUUUCCAUAAUUUAACGUGCUCAUUUGUUUGUUAGCAUGGUUGGCUCAGACUCACCUCUUCCCAGUGGUUGGGAGAUGAGAUACACAAAUGAGGGCAUUCCUUACUUUGUGGAUCAUAACACUCGAACAACUACUUUCAGUGACCCAAGAACAGGAAUUGCUCUUGGGUAAGUAAUUGGUCUUUGUUUGUUUGGUUUUUUUUUUCAGUACUUUAUUAAGAAAUAAAACUCUUGCACAGUAGUUUCUUUACUUUCAUGAUUUAAUGAAACUGUUGUACAAGUUUGAUGGCAAUUUGCCUUUUUUCUGUUUUUUUUUUUUGUAUCCCAUGCAGCAUGAAAGGUGCUGCUGGUGGUCCCGCUUAUGAAAGAAGCUUCAGAUGGAAAAUUGGACAGUUCAGACAUCUAUGCCAGGUAUUUGUAUUCUUCCAAACUACAGAACUGUGUCAUCCCUCUAUUCCCACACAAAGUCCAGUUUUGUGUGCAUGUUUACGUUGAUGAAAUUGAUACAAAUUUUUGUGAUCAAACCACCUUGCAAAGAAAGUAGUGUCUGGUAGGCCAGGGCUUUUGGGGUUUGCUAUCAGGCCAGUGAAAUCUGUUCUUAACUUGCCCAGCAAGUGCCCGGCAAGUGAAUUGUUGUUGUUGUUGUUGUUGUUGUUGUUGUUGUUGUUGUGUUGUUUUUUUGGGGGGGGGGGGGAGAUUCAAAUGACAGAAGAGCUGUAUUCAAUGAUGUUGAUCAAAAAGUAUAAAAUAUUUACAUGCUAACCACAGCUUCCCCGAGUGGCAAGCUGUAAAACUGACUUUCUUUGCACCCCGGGGCUGAUGUUAAUGAAGUGUUGUGAACAGCUUCUAAAACAUCCCCAGAGUUUUUCAUUUGAAUAGGAUUGCUAAAAUUAAUAAUGCAUUUCCCUUUUUAAAACGUGUUGAUUGAAAAAUGACAAACCAAAGCUGGCAAAGUAAGAAAUGUUGGGCAGAAAUAUUCAUCCUAAAUCAAACUGCAACACAACAUAAUGGGCAUUGAUAAUUUUUCUGGAAUUGCAAUUUGGUAAGAAUUUGGUUGUGACUCAUUUCGCUAUGCCAUUCUUGAAAUGGUAACAGUUGUAUGUCUUUAAGAAAACUUUGCAUUUCAUUUAAGAACAAGUUCUGGCUGGCUGACAGAUUUUUUGUUUGUUUAAGGAUGAACAAAAAAUUAACAAAACUGUACCAAAGACUGUAUUUUCCCUGGGACUGAAUUCAAAGCCUUCUCCUGAUUUUUCAGUUGGCCAAGUUUUACCCGGUAUAAACGUCCUUACAUAUGAAAAAAGGGACAAUAUACUUUCUGAAUAUUAACAAGUUUUUGAAGUGUAUAUAACUAACUCAUUAUAAUAAACUUUUUUUAAAAUUUCAGUCCUCUAAUAGUUCUUAGUUCUGAACUGUCAAUCCUUUCAACAUGAGCGCCAAGUUGUGAGUUUGUGGGAGUUAUAUAUCCUCACAGAUGACCGUGUUAUGUUUGAUAAUAAUAAUUAUUAACUGUGCUAUUGUUUCCUUUCCAGUCCAAUGCUCUUCCAAGCCAUAUAAAAAUAACAGUCAACAGGACCAACAUUUUUGAGGAUUCUUUUCAGCAGGUUGGUGUUCAAUCUCACCAUGUAAUGACACUGAAAUUAGGGCAGCUGGAAAGUGCAGCUGCUGUCGCGAUUGAAAAUUGUGUCUAUUUCACAUGUCAACUUGCAAUAAAAUAACAAAAUAAUAAUAAUAAUGAUAAACCCAAGGCUGUCAUUAAGCGGCGGAGCCGGGGGUUUCCCCCAGCUACCAUGAACGUGGCUCCCGGCUACUUUCAUGUAAAAUAGAAGAAAAAUAGAACCAAAAGAAAUCCUUAGUUGCUUUAUUCCCCACCCAUUUGUUGUAUUUAGCCGGCAAUUUGAAAUCUUAGUGACAUCCCUGCAAUCCAGCAUUAGCGUCCUUAGUGAGGACCUUAUGCUGUUAGUGCGUAAAGUAUUUUACUAAUUGUUCUUCAAUAGAGAGACCACAUAGUGGAGAUACAGUAAUGAAUUAUAGUACGCAGAUGGGAUAUAUCUGUUGAAACAUUUUGUUUAAAAUUUCAAAUAUAAACGUUAUACUUUAUUUACUCUUAGCAAUAUUUUUGUUGACUUGUUAACAGUGAUCAACCUAGAUUUGCAUAAUGCAUUUUUCUGGUUUCUGUAAUGUUUACUCUAAUUGUCUUUAAUAUCCUAUCGCUGUUUUCCAUAUUUACAAGCUUUUGGGAUUAUUUUUGGUAGCUUUUAAAAAAAACGGUUUCAGCAAUAGAAGUUACGUAUUUAUUGUCCUUUUUCUCAAUAAUUUGUAGAAAGUAUAAUUCAAGUUUUAGAUGGCUUUCCUAGAAAAUAUUAUUUAAAACUAUCGCCAUCAUUUUUCCUAACUUACUAUUAGUUAUCAUAAGAUGUUUCUCAAAAAUGGAUGUAAGUUAAGGUGAUUGCCUUUUGUUGUCUGACAGGACUGAAGGUGACAAUAAUUUUGUUUAAAAAUUGUAUGGAAUGCAGACUUGAGAAAAACACACACACAUUGAACUAACCACCACUUUGGUGGCCCAAGGUGAACUGCUGCUGAACACUGAUUGUUCUGGUUUGGUUUUUGUUACCAGGUCAUGAGAUAUGCUCCACAUGACCUGCGUCGUAGGCUUUAUAUUAUCUUUAAAGGAGAGGAAGGCUUGGACUAUGGUGGUGUUGCAAGGUAAGCUUUGCUUUAUUUGCACAAGGGUGUGAUAGGAAUGGAAAAUUGCAGUGGGUAACCAGUUUUGGUUGUAAACUCAACAGCAGGUGUCGUAAUUUUUCUUUCUAUCAGAGAGUGGUUCUUUCUCCUUUCUCACGAAGUGCUCAAUCCAAUGUACUGCUUGUUUGAAUAUGCCAACAAGAGUAAUUACAGUCUUCAAAUCAAUCCAGGUAUGUAUGCCUGAAUAAGGAACUUUGAUUUUAGUGUUUUGCAAACAACAAUAGUUAACUACCUGUAAUACUGCUGUACAUGUACAUUGAUAAAGAAUAUUUUUUGCUAUUGACUUUCUCAUGCUGUCCAGAGCAUGGCUAUGAAAUCUUGAAAACACUUGACAAAAGCUGCCUGGUUAAAACAAGCAAGUCAUAGCAUCGUAGUUGUUAUUAUGUUGAACUGUUGCCUUGUUAUUGUUGCCAGCUUACAGUGUGUGACAGAAGGUAACUGCCACUGAUACAACCUAUAAGUAUGACCCCGGAGUAGUCAAUCGAUAAAAAUCGCUAUUGAUUUAUCAAUCAAAAAAUCAAUAAAAUCGGUAAAUCUGAUAUGAUUGAUAUAGGUGGUAUCGAUCAAUCAUUAGAAAUGGAUGACACACUCGUUUCGUUCAUCGAUUUAUCUUGAUUUUUACCAAUUUCAUCAAUUUAUAUCGGAAAAUACAUCAGUUCAUCUGUUCAUCAAAAAAUGAAAACUGAAUUCAUGCAAACAGUAAAUUUGUUGACAACUGAGUUCCAAUUGAGAGUCGAAACAAUUACCCUCACUUUUUUAAAAAAAUAAUCUUUAGAAAAAUUCUUAUCUUUUCUUUAAAACCAGGCUUAAAAUCGUCUUCUGAUGGCUGAUAUCGGCCAGGUUUAAAGGCGCCCAGUUUUUCACAAUUUAGACCGGCCUUUUUUUCAAAAUAACGUCGGUGUAGUUCCGGGUGUAGUUACAUCCCGGACUAGCUAAUAGAUAACAAUCGAAGUCGAUGGAAAUUGUUAGCAAUCAAGUAAUUUUUAUCGAUUGUUAACGGAAAAGUUCAAAAGCCACGUUCACAAUUGUGUUUUUCCGCUGCCGUCGAUCAUAAUUACGAUCACAAGAAACAAACCUUGAAACAGUGAAACACGCAAAACGGAUCGAAAUCCACAAAUCACAAACCAUGACCUUUUGAACCCGUGAAGUAAAGUUUUGUUUCCUAAGAGGUCCGUUAAGAUGAUUGACAGCAGUGAAAACGCAAUCGUCGGUUGGCUUCUGAACUUCAGAAUUCGCAUGUUUGUGAAAAGUGCAGUAAAUAGACGAUCCUAAUUUGCGGUCUACAGUCUACAUGAAAACGCACUAUUUUUUCCACGAGAUAAAAAAUAUUCAGUUUUAAGAUUUUUCUCCUGGGAUUUUUUUCUCUAACUGAAAGAAAUAAAAUCCUUUGCAUUUUGUGACCUAAAAAAGUUUAAAGAUUUCUCGCUCGCAUGUUACGUUCAUCAGCCGCACUUCAAACAAGUUUUUUUCAGUUUACAUCUCCAUAAAAUGGUGGAAGAAAUCUCAAGAAACAUUACGAGAGCUGAAAAUUUUCAAAGGCAUGUUUCUGAAACUCGCUAAUGCUGACAUCAAUAUAGCGUGCUUGCUGAAUGGGCGAAAACACAGAAUUGUGAUCACAAGAUCAUGUACAAAUUUAAUGAUAAAAGCUUAGCAAGAUACAGAUACAAACAAAAGCAAACCCCCUGAAACCUCGACGUGGGCUACACUUGUAUGCUCUACUCAGUCACCAAACCUUGUCAGUAAUAGCUCCUAUUUUCCUCAAGUCGCUCUUUGUGAAGCUCCCGGAUGGGAUGUCCCGGUGAAGCUUUGAACUUGUGUGCGAAAUUCUCAGAGUUUCUUUUUUUGUCCGUGUCUUCUUUAUCCUCAGUAUCCGAAAUUUAGACCUCCAAAGUGGCGUGUGUUGCGUUAAAUAGAAGGAAAUAUUUAAAGGAAAAGCCAGUUUUCUAACAUGGCAAAGUUUUCACGUAUUCAUCUGCCAUUCAUCGGCAACUGAGUUGUUCGCUUCACUGACUACGACAGCGUACAAUCAAGUCUUCAGCCAUAGUGUCGUCAACUGGUGAAAUACUUUGCUCAUAAAUUGUGCUUAUCGAUUGCUCAUGUACUACAUCGAUCGAUAAUUCUCUCUUUGAGUUCACGAAGCGGCCCCGGCGUUCCAAACCUGACGCUCACAGUCAUCUUUUAGUUUGUAUGCAACGUGAGCACUUCUCUGAGUUUCCCAGCGCCAACAUCAUCAACUGACUUAAACUCGAACAACAAAAAAAUUAUAAAGUGACUCCUAUGAUCGAAUCGCUUCGAACAACGCAAAUAGCCUUCUUCAAGUUCGCAACACCUUCUGGGUUUCUGGGGGGGCGGAGACGAGGUACAAAAAGUAUUCGUGCAAGGGAAAAUCCUAUGAAACCAUUUGUGAGAACAUCGUUUCUCGGUACCAGACCCUCGUGUCUUCCCUCCCCCGAGAGGCGGUUUUUCUGCACCGACGACCGAAAACCGAAUUUUUGACUAGGCCGCAGAGGCAGCCCAGUAAAUAGUUAAAAUUGAUUUUACACGGCAAUUUAGUUUAUCGAUUUUUACCUAUUUCCGUUAUCAAUCGAUAAAAAUCACUGGAUUGCUAGUAAUUUUUAUCGAUACCGAUUUUUAUGGAUUGACUACUCCGUGAUUGAUUACUCCGUUUUUCUAUGUGACCCGAAUCUUACACAAAGCUGCAUAAUUGGCCUGCACUGCCUGCUCCUCCUCUCCUCUCCUCUCCAUUAUUAUUCAUGCAGGGGAGGUCAUAAUGGUUGAUGAUAACAUGACUGUUUGCCCCAAACUAUUAGAAGCUAUAAAGUGCCUGGCCUAUCACGCCCUUUGAGUGCAUUCAAGAAGUUUUCAUAGAAGUCAAGAAUAUUAAAUCCUGUUUGGCCGCUUUCAUGAAAAUCGAAGGUGUUGGUUUUUUCGGUCAGCUGUUUAGUUGCAAAGUCAAUGGGCUCAGCCUUUGUUAGCACUCACAAAAGGAAGCGCUCAAAGCAGUAUGCGUCAAUUUUGCACAUGGGUAUAAUUUAUUAUUAUGGAAGACUUUGUCAAGGUUUUUACUCAGAUAUGGACAAAUGUACAAAGUAAAGCUUUAUAAUCCGUGUUUUGACUGAAAAUCCUCUUUCUGUGCCCACAGUAGCCUGUGCAAAGCCAUCCCUCCCGGCUAUACACAAGCUACUGUGUGCACGAACAGAGGAUUUUCAGUCUAAACACAGAUUGUAAAGCAAAAUAUUCGAGACUAAAUGUAUGAGUACUGGUUCCGAAUAUCAUGAACCAUUUAGUCACAAGCCAAAACUGUGUGUUUCAUGAUAGACAAAGUUGACGAUUGUUGAUACUUGAGAGUGGUUGCCAGUAAAAACCGGGCAAAAUGUUAAAAAUGUCAACGGAACCGAAGGCGGUCAGCAGAAUAAGUUCAUACUAAUAUCAUAGAUAGGUUAGGUGGAGUAUUGGACAAAUAUACCAAACAUAGGUUCUUCACGGCUCUUGUAUUAAAGAUACGAGAAUCACUUUAUUCGACCCCUUCGGAAGCCAUUUUUAUAAGCAAAUUUUCACCAUUUUGUGAAACUCAUAGAACCCUCAAAAUUUAACGACCGAAGUUUGUUUUUUGUAUGCGAUACAACACAUCACAGAACUACUUUCUAAAACCAUAAGAUUUGUUAAGUGGCCACGCACAAGACUAAAAUUUUCUUAUUUCAUCUGACCUAAACUCAGUGUCUGCAAAUGAGCAAAAAAUCGGGCAUUUUUGAAUUGAUCUACAGCGCACAACUAAAACGACAGAACAACUCUGACAGCCAAAUUGCAGUUUACUAUUAUCUAUGUAACCAAAACACUAAUAAUCAUUUUGGGCCAUUGAAACAGGAAGAAAUUAGAAAACUCACAUUUGUUAUAGUUUCCAAGCUUUUUCUUGUAAACAGGCCGAUCCCUUCGUGUUUGUGUUAAGUCCUCUUCGUGAAUUUUCUGUCAUAUUUCGCUGUACAGUAAGUUCAGCAGCUGGAGCUGCUGUUUAAAUUUAGCUUGUUUUGUGUUGUCGUUUUUUUUGGCAUUACCUUAUUCAGUCUUCAUUUGCUCACCAUUCACUUCAUUUUGAGUUAUCCCGUGUAAGUCUUAGCGUUUCUUUGGACUCUUUAUUGUAUCAGCUACUAUUGCGUCAGUCUUCAAUCACCGUUCAUAUCGGAAGGUCCACUCACAGUCCUGAAGGAUUCUGGUCGAAGUAGUAAAAUGACGUCAUCAUGCAAAUGCCUAUUGCGAGAUUAUUGCGAGACGAUGGACUCGUGGAAAAUUUGCAAUUUUUGUCCGUAUGUUAGAUAGACUGUCUGUUAGAUAUCGAACGCUGCUACUAGUGCCAGUCCCUUCUGAGUGCUGAAUUUUCAAGAUGGAGUAGCUUUGUUAUUUUCUAGUUUUAUCCUAUCGUUCAGCACUUCUUACCCUUUCAAAAUGUAACCUAGGCAGUAUUUCGUGCUUUUUGAUAUGUCCUUCAGCUGCUGAACUUACUUUACAGCGAAAUAUGACAGAAAAUUCACGAAGAGGGCUUAAAACAAACACGAAGGGAUCGGCCUGUUUGCAAGAAAAAGCUUGGAAACUAUGACAAACGGGAGUUUUCUAAUUUCUUCCUGUUUCAAUGGCCUAAAAUGAUUAUUAGUGUUUUGUUACAUGGAUAAUAGUAGACUGCAAUUUGGCUGUCAGAGUUGUUCUGUCGUUUUAGUUGUGCGCUGUAGAUCAAUUCAAAAAUGCCCGAUUUUUUGCUCUUUUGCAGACACUGAGUUUAGGUCAGAUGAAGUAAGAAAAUUUUAGUCUUGUCCGUGGCCACUUAACAAAUCUUAUGGUUUUAGAAAGUAGUUCUGUGAUGUGUUGUAUCGCAUACAAAAAAUAAACUUUCCUCGUUAAAUUUUGAGGAUACUGUGAGUUUCACAAAAUGGUGAAAAUUUGCUUAUAAAAAUGGCUUCCGAGGGGGUCGAAUACAGUGAUUCUCGUAUCUCAAAUACAAGAGCAGUGAAGAACCUAUGUUUGGUAUAUUUGUCCAAUACUCCACUUAACCUAUCUAUGAUGUUAGUAUGAACUUAUUCUGUUGACCCCAUCGCGUUGACAUUUUUUAACGUUUUGCCCGGUUUUCUCAAUGACAACCACUCUUCAAUCAAAUGCAUCAUCAAAUUUCAUGACCGUUAGACCCUAGCUGGAUUUAGGGAUUGCAGGAUAUAUAUCGACUGACAACGUUGCACAUGAAUUUGGGAACUGACAGCCUGUGGACAGUUGUGCUUAAACUUAUAGCUGAGUGUUAAACUGUUUGUUGUUACCUUUUGUAGCAUCAUACGUGAAUCCUGAUCAUUUACAGUAUUUUAGAUUCAUUGGACGUUUAAUAGCAAUGGUAAGUGGAUACUGGCUUAUGUUAUUUCUAUUGUUCAAGAACGAAGAUAGAAAUAAUAAAACGUGUAAUCUCCGAAUGAAGGGUAAUGGAAGCCAAAUAAUUUAGAAACUGUACAGAAGCCCUUUGGGUCAGCCCACAACUGCAUGUUCGCCUGAUGUCCCAACCGAUUAGGUGACUAAAAUGUUCAGGUUCAGGGAAAUAGAUUUGUUAAGGGAAACUGAAAUAUGAUUGUUUGAACAUUCUUAAAUAGAUAUUUUGCUCUCUUAUUUUUAGGCCCUGUAUCAUGGAAAAUUCAUUGACAGAGGUUUCACACUGCCUUUUUACAAGAGAAUGUUAAGUAAAAAGCAAACAAUGAAAGAUCUGGAAUCAAUUGAUCCUGAGUUUUAUAACUCCCUGGUUUGGAUAAAGUAUGUAUUUUUCAAAACUGCUUAUAAUUUUUAUACAGAUCUUGCUUUCCUUACUGUAUUUACUGUAACUGGGGAUAGAACUAAACGCUUUUUGAUACAAAUGUGCUUGAGGAGUAGACGAUGUUGCCUAUGUUUUUUUCGGUGCCACUAUAGCCUUUUCAGCCUGUUGAAUGACUUACAUGUACCGACGAAGGAUACCACUCCUUUAUAUUGUUGAAUACUGAAUGCACUGUAAUUCUCUAUUGUUUUUUUGCUUAUUCCGAACCUCUGUUUUCUAUGUGAACAUGGUGUUCUUUUGUAUGUUUGCACUUGUACUCUACUCCUACUUUUAAGCCAAAGUAUCUUCCUUGGUUGGCCUGUUUGUUUCUUCCUCUUUUGGGUGUUGAUUUAUUUUUUGUAAGGCAAAUUAAUAAAUGCAGACACAAGAGAUGACAUCUUAUAAAGGGGAGCCUGUUGACACCACAGACAAAAAGUAAGACUGUUCAAAUUAUUUUUUGACAGAGAUAACAAUAUAGAGGAAUGUGGUUUAGACAUGGAAUUUGCUGUGGACAUGGAGUUGUUGGGGAAAAUAACCUCACAUGAAUUGAAGCCUAACGGAUCAAACAUUAAGGUCACAGAAGAAAAUAAAGAGGAGUACAUAUCGUAUGUAGUACUUUUGAUGUCUUUCUCGAUCAAAUGUGGGAAGUGGUUGUCAUACUUACAGCGUCUAAAGACUGGGCGACUGCGAAUUUAAUUGCAUUGUUGUUAGCGAAAAAGCCAGUCUCUGGAAUAAUUUAUCGAUGACCAAGUUUUGAAAAAACUCGAGAACUGUAGUGGUGGAUUAAUUUAACAAUUAAUGAAUGAGGCUGAGUAUCUUAUGAAGAAUUAUGGAGAUCGAGGAGAGUGUUAUCGGCCGAGGCGGAUAACACCCUCCGAGAUCUCCAUAAUUCUACUUAUAAUAUCAUAGGUGACGAAUUACUCCUUAAUUUUGGCGCGAAAUUUCAGCGUUAAUUUGUAAUUUCACAUGUGUCAAGAUGGCGACGAAGUUUUAAAAUGCCGUGAAUGAAGAUGUCAGGGCACAAAAAGACCCUUUAGAAAACCUGAACACACAAGAGAACAUCAAGAAGGAUUCUAACAGGUAUUUUGCCGAAAAAGUCUGAAAAAUUCUGAACUUUAUAAGCCAAAUUUAAGGUCUCAACAUUUCAGAGAGUGUAGUUCUCGAUCGAUACGAUCUAGGAUAAACAUGUCAAAAAUCUAAGAUUGCUAACGUAAUUCGUCACCCAUGAUAUUAAUAGGUAAUCAAAUGGUAUACUCGUGAAAUUAGGGAAUAAUUUCACGCGCGUUUUCGUGUCCAAAUCUUAAUAAUUGGCUCGGGAAAUUAUUAGGAUUUGGACCCUAAUUUCACUCGCCACCAUUUGAUUAGUAUGUGUAAUCAAAUGGUGACGAGUGAAAUUAGGGAAUAAUUUCACGCGCGUUUCCUCCAAUUUAUAAUUUCCCGAGCCUGGACAAAACGCAAAACGCAAAACGAGUAUACCAUUUGAUUACCUAUUAAUAUCAUGGGUGACGAAUUACGUUAGCAGUGGAGGAUUUUUGACAUGUUUUAGCUAUGUUUUUAAUUUAGGAAUUAUUUUGAAUGAAUAAUAAUUCGGUUUUCGUAUCUUAUGAAGAAUUAUGGAGAUCUCGGAGGGUGUUAUCCGUCGAGGCCGUAGGCCGAGGCGGCGGAUAACACCUUCCGAGAUCUCCAUAAUUCUUCACAAGAUACUCAACCUCAUUCAUUAAUUCUUAAGUAGUCAAGGCUUAUUUUUCCUGGCGACUGCUGAGUAUUUCUGCUGUUUCCAUCAGAGGAAUAUUGAAGAGGGUAGGAAUUGCUCUCUUUUUGGUCAGCAUGAGGUGUAAGGUCGAGUUGAGGGGAGGAGGAAGAAAAUUCGGUCUCCGCUCAUCUCCUUCCCUUUCUCCUGUGGCUCGCGCAUUAACACAACUCGAUCAGAGACACAGGGGAAUAAAACAUCCCUGAGCUUCAAGGAGACUUCUUUUGUUUUAUCCCCCCAAGCCUCAGAACCAAGUACCUUCCUCACCCCAUAAACCCUUGUGAGCCAGACAAUAAGAACCAUCGUAGCUUUGCUCACAACCAACGCUAUUAUCAAAAAAACUCCUGGUCAGCGCUUCCCAGGUUUACCAUGUUGCUGAACAAAGGAAAGAGUGGUACUUUAUGUUAUAAAGUAGACUCGCCGACAGGAGACUUCACUGGGCUGCCCGGCAUAAAACCUGUGUUUCAUGAAAACGAGAGGUUUUUUAGAACAGACAGGCAGCAGCUUAUUAUAAAAGGAAUUAACCCAAUAAACCUCUCUCAAUCGAUCUACGGGCCUCAAUGCACCGAGACUAUGUGGACACGAGAACGCAUUGAUUUUGCCACAAGGUAAAAAUGUUGUGUUUCAAGAUUUUUUCCCUUCUUUUCUUGUCAUUUUUCUUGAACUUGAAGUAAUUAGCUGUUUGCAUUUUCCGACCUAAGAAAGUUUAAAAAUUUCAAUUGUCACACGUCGAUUGCAUCGGAAAGAACUUUAAAAAAAUGUAAACAGAUCAAACGGUCGAUAACACAAUUUUUUUAUACCGUAAUAGGAGUUGAAGAUUCGCUAUUUUUCUCAGCCGUGAGUAACGUAUUUUCAUGAAAGACAGUCAUUCCGUUGUUUACUCCUCCGAAAUUUUAGGCGACACGCUUUUCACAGCGAAAUCCGUGGGUGGCUAAAGACUGAACUGAAGCGCACCUUGAAAUUCAGUAGCUCAUGACCUUGUUUAAAUCAUGAUUAAAUCUGGGUCAUAGUGCUGAUUAGUCAUUACACGUACUUAAACUGUUUUCUGUUCGAGCGAUUUAUCUCGAUGCACAAUGACUGACCUCUACAUUAAUUGAAACCCUAUGGUUCAUUGAUAUAACACUGUUGUGUACUCUCCAUCACAUUUACAGUGUGUACGUAUUCACAUCACCUUCAGUAAAAUAAAAUGUUUAAGUCAAGCUUUAUAUGUCAUGUGAAGUUUCGAGUGAAAUCGAUUUAUAAUAUGUUUUUAUAAGAUCCCAUUUUUCAAUGGCUGUAGUUUACACCUUCAUCAAAAGGUAUGUAUGGCGAUGCGAGCUGUGAACUUUCGAAGUUUAUCGAAACUUUAGCGUAACCAGUCGUAUUUCCUGAAGGAGAGAAGACACAGAACUAGGGAGAUUAGCAUAACAAGGUCAUGCACAAAUUUAAUUCAGAUAAAAGCUUAGUAAGAUACAGAUAAAAACAAAAGCAAACCCUUUGGACUAUUUUAAGAACAACUGUAACUAAGUUUAAACUUUAGGAAGCAAAGUCAACAAACUCUGAACUAGUGAGAGACUUGCCUUUUUCUCUUUACUGCUCAUUUGCCCUCUCGCCAAACUGAAACCGCCAGCUUCGUAGGCUUUUGAACUUGUGUGUGAAAUUCUCGAAGUGUAAAUUCCGUCGUCCGAGUCUUCUUUACCCUUAUCCGAAAUUUAGACUUCUAAAAAGGCGUCUGUUGCAUUAAACAGAAGGAAAUAUAGAAACCCGACAAGACGCUAUGGGAGCGUACACUUCUGCGUCGUGGUUGUGGAUUAAUUGUGAAUGCGGAGGAGUAGUAAGAAAUGAUAUUUUUCCAGAUACCCUUCCAUACAAAUACCCUUACUUUUCUCCUUUUCUGUAACAGACGUCUCAACUUCUUCACCGGAAGUCUGCUAGGUGCAUGGCUGUGACCCAGUUCGAUUAUAAUUUCUGCCAUAAAUAAUUGCGCACGGCGAGAUCUCAGCUCCACUUCCUUUAUUUUCUCUACAACAACACUUUCCUUAUGUACAGUUAACUCCACACAUUUUCCAGCAACGUAACUAUAAACUAAUAUCAGUACACUCCCUUACAAAACUUGCUGAAAAUGCACAAUCUCCACACCGAGGAUAAUUCAUGUACAACAUCGCAACAUAAACUAGAAAUACUUGUCUCGCAAUAACCCUAGCGAAACUCGGUUUUUUAGUAGCGCCACUCAAGGUAAGCCCUGUCGGGCGGGGUUAGGAACUGGAUGGGUACCCCACUGCGAAUAUCGUCGUAAAGGUCCCUUCUUUGUUCUUUCUUUUCUUCUUCUUUUUUGCAUAUUGUGUGGUGUCAUUUUUAAAAGUGUAUUGAAAAGCAUACUUAGCAUUAUUUCGACCGCUGCAUGUAGAAAAAAAAAACAAACAAACAAACACGAAAGUACAGUUAGUCUCCAUCGCAGCCGUUUUUAGGCUCGCGGUUGCGUGACGAGCCUAAAAACGGCUGCGAAGGAGACUAGUUCGCGUGAAAAUUAUUAUUUGGGCGUGACUCAAAUAAAGUACAGUAGAACCUAGCCUCCCACGCAGGCGUUUUUAGGGGAGCUCGUAUUUCUUCCCUCCCCACAGGGAAGAAAUACGAGCUCCCCUAAAAGCGCCUGCGUGGGAGGCUAAGUAGAACCUCGAUUUAACGAAGUCGCUGGGGACCGACCAAAUUUGUUCGUUAAAUCGAAAACCUCGAUAUAACGAAUUUGAGGGGAAAUGACCAAAAAGUUCGCUUUAUCGAGGUCAUAGGUAAUGAUUGAUUUGUAACACAGGUGUAUUUCUCUUGUUUUUAAAACACGGAGGACAAAUCUCUGUGGAAGUGAUUGGUAAACGGAGAAAGAAGGGCAUUGGACUUAAUAUUCCGGCUACAUAUUCGUUUUAUCACAAGAAGCCUUCGAAAGUGAAGAAGUUAAGAGAACUAAUAAGAGACAAAGAAGAUAAAGCAGAGGUUAAUUGAUGUCGAAAUAAUAUCGCGCCAAUGUCUGUGACAUAAUAAGCCUUUGUCUGAAAGGUUACUGUCUCUUUACCAUAAGGAUUAAAGGAUUUGUUGACUGUUGAUCUGUUCAGCAUUUAUCUUCUGUCGCGUAUUGACAUUGUAAUUCGUUAUAUCGAGGUAGAUUUUACGUUUGGGCUUCCGGAUUAUGUUCACUAUAUCGAAGAAUUCGUUAUAUCGAGGUUCUAUUCCAUGCAUUUUACUAUAACUUUGGCUGGGACAAAGGAUAUCGUUCGUUAUAUCGAGGACUUCGUUAAAUAGAGGUUCGUUAAAUCGAGGUUCCACUGUAAUCGAAAUGGCUUGUUUUGACGCAAAGUCGCAAUAGGCACACAAUACGUGCUAGCGUAAACAAGCGAAGUGAGGCGAAUGUCUGCCAUGCGAACGUCUUUUACAAGGUAAGAGGCAUGUGGGAAAGAAAGCUCUGAUAGCCAGCACGGCACCUUAUCGUACUUUUACGAUCUCAAAAGUUAAUCUUAAUCUUCAGUAUUUUAACCUCAUCGAACUUUGGAAGUCUGAAGUCCAGGGAUGAAAUCUAUCAAAAAUGUUUGGAAUAUUAACGUCGGGUUUUGGUCAUAAUAAGACGAUUAUUGUUCUGAGAUGUCGGGAGCGUAAGGAGAUGGUGCGCGAAAGUUUUGUGACUUGCAGCCUAGUAAUAUUAAAAGAAAGAGAAAAAAUACAUUUAGGAAUUGGUGAAUAAACUUAGAAGGAAUUGGCUUAUGCCUGGUCGGUUCCAAAGAAGCUUUUAAAUGGACUAUAUUUCUGGACCUCCACUUCAACAGCAACAAAAGAAUAACCGGAGCGAACCAAAAAAGUCGAUUCGGCACUUAUAAAAACACAAAUUUAAUUCUCAAAACCACUGAAUAAAUGAUUUAGAAAGUAUCUGCAUCUUUUUCCUGCACUAGCUGCUGUUUCUCUUCUGGGAUAACUUUGAAAAUCGUUUUUAGCUUGACGCUUCGUGCUUGUGUUGUUGUGUUCAUUCACGAAAAAGAAAACUGGCAAUGUUUUGUUGAGUGAAAGUCUAGGAAUAUAACAGUGUAGUAUAUUAUACACUUAAUGUCAGAUCCCGAGGGAAACAGUUAGUUUUUUUGUGGAGUGAAAGUCUAGGGAUAUAACAGUGUAGUAUAUUAUACACUUAAUGUCAGAUCCCGAGGGAAACAGUUAGUUUUUUUUUUCCCGAGAGUCCUGACGUUUCCCGAGACGAAGUCGAGGGAAACAUCAAGAUUCGAGGGAAAACAAACUAACUGGUUUCCCGAGGGACCUGACAUGAAGUGUUUUGUUAUAUUUUUAGACUUUAACUUCCACAGCAGCAAAAGAAUAUUAAACCGGAGCGAAUCAAAACAGGCGACUCGGUACUUAUAACAACACAAAUUUAAUUCUUAAAACCACUGAAUGAAUGAUUUAGAAAGUACUUUCCUUAUAUUAUCUGCAUCUUUUUCCUGCACUAGCUGCUGUUUCUCUUCUGGGAUGACUUGAAAUAUCGUUGCUUUUUAGCUUGAGGCUUCGUGUUUGUGUUCAUUCACGAAAAAGAAAACUGGCAGUGUUUUUCCCGCCUUCUGUCACACCACUUUCCACCAUGCUUUGAUCACGUGCUGUAAUGUAGCCCGAGCGGGGUACGUUGCUUAGUGUAUCACGAUCGGGAUACAUUUGAUUUUAGUCAAGGCCACGUGACCAAGAAUCAACCAAUGGUAGUCCCUGUUUAGCUGAGUGAAAGUCUAGGAAUAUAACAACAAAUGUUAAUAGUUACCAAUGUUCCUGUAAACAGUGCUGCGCUAUGGCAGUGUUAUAAAUCCCUGUAGUUACUGGGCUUCUGGAACUUUAUGUGCCCUUGUUAGUGAGCGGAAUACACUUAACUGUACAAUGUGAUGUCUGUGACAAGACAUAUUAUGCUUUUCGAUCUUCCUCAAAGUGUCAUUAUCAGUGGAGCUGAGAUAAACCUUACUGUCCGGGCUGUAAGCACUUGUGUCCUAUGUUGCAAUUUGGCUGAAAGCAAGUCUGUGUUGAAGAUGUGCCUUUCAAAACAUUGUCAUGAAGUGACAGGAUUUUUGUUUUAUUAAAGCAAACUCGUCAGCGCAGUGAGACGCACUGAAAAGUGUUCUUGUAUCUCGAUUUUCGCUCAUAUUUUGAAGCUACCAGCCCAAAUUGAUUCAAUGUUUUCUGUAAAAUACUUUUGCAGUCAAUAUUUCUAGUCAGAAUAAUAAAUAAGAACAAGCCGAAAAGUCACCAACUUAUCCUGUACCUCGUGCAGUGGGCAAUCGGCUGAUCCCGCAACGUCGGGUCUCAUCUGGUCUGAUGGGUCUCACAAGUGAGCCGGUUCAAACCUCGGGCAAGCCAAAAAUAAUAUCAAAGAAAUAACAAAGAAAUGAAACUGAUCUCGAGAUAUCGAGAACUAAUUUGGCGCUCACUUCGUCAAAUAGCCGAAUAAGCCGAACACCUACAAACUUUGCAUGCCCAAUCUCGUCCCAAAAAAGCAACUUUCGUACAUUCCUGAGCGUCGCGAAUGCUUUACUUCGCGUUUCGCCGAAGUAAAAAAGCAAUUUGCAUUCUGCGCUGAAAUGGUCGAAACACGUAACGCCUUCUGGGUUAAACUGGGUGAACAAUUAACAGUGCCCGUAUGUAAAAGUGCCGGGAUAUUGCUUAGACUACUAAACGAAACAGAAUUUAUAACUGGGUGUUCCUUGCAGCCCAGUAACUAUAGCGGCUUUUGAUGGGUCAUGACAAUAAUCAUAAUAAUAACAACAACAAUAAUAAUGAUAAAAAAAUUGUUAUAGUGAUAAUAUUAUCAGUUAUUCCUUUAUUUACUCUCGACAGUUUUUUAUGCCGCAAAAGCUAGUGAGGCCGAAGAAGUUACUGAAACAGACAAAAGUAUAAAACAUAACAGGGUUGAGAAACCCAAUUGCCUUAUUGGCUAUGUCAAGUGUGGUCCAGAUUUGAACUCUGGACUACUGUGAACAAAUCCUUGCAAGAAGUCACUUGGGGCUUCCGAAUUGCAAGUUCAACUCUGUAAACUUAAGCGUUUCGCAUGUGCCUGCUUAUCACGUUAUGUUUCAUUUUCAGACUUAUGACACAAUGGCGAUUUAAUCGUGGGAUUGAAGAGCAAACUAAAGCUUUCCUAGAUGGAUUCAAUGAAGUUGUUCCACUUUACUGGCUGCAGUAUUUUGAUGAGAAAGAAAUAGAGGUAUUUAGACCUCCAAGGGCGCAGGUCCAAAACCGCACUUUUCUUAAGCGUAACGUAGUACAUAGUCCUGGCAAAAAUUCGAAAUAUUAUGGAUGUUAGUGUGGUGUAAUGCGCUCUUGAUUUUGAUAAUUUGAGAAGUCCUUCAUGAGUUGGUGUCUGCUUAAAGCCUGGAUAGAAGUAAAAAAGUUGAAUAGAUUCGAGAACUCGAUUUUUGGAAGGUCACUCACAAAUACCUUUAAAACACACUCACAAAAACGUAUCAAUUCAAAGUAGACAGACUGCAAAUCAUCUUAGCUGCUAAAAAAUAUAUAUCUACGUGUCGCAACUGUUCAUCAGUAGGAUACCUAAAAUGCGGGCAAUUCCACAAUUGGUUUCGGCUCCAUUAAAUCCUAUACCAAUUGCAGAACAUCUUAGGAGGAGCCACCCACCAUGUGAACACAGUCACCGACAAUUUAUAUGUUUCUUGCCAGUAGCCGAGCAUCCUGUGCGUAAGAGAGAAUAUAUCGAAGCUGCUAAAAUUUAGACUCGAUUAGUUCCGCGGUCUCCCGGGUUCGGUCUCAUUUUCCCGAGCAGCGGCUGAUAAUCGCUGGAACCUGCUAAAACUAUUGGGCCUGAUCCGCCGCCGCCCCUCAGGUUAAGCCGGCACUGAUACUACUUCAUUGCCCUUUUUUUAAAAACGGACUUAUAUUUAGCGUGGUUAUAUAAACAGGAUUGUUCAAUGGAAAGUAUACUACUCGUAAUCCGAGAUUAUUUCCCAUUAUUGGCAGAAAAAGUCAUGCUGAUAAGAGCUCGGUAGUAGAGAAAAGCAUCAUUUCGUAGCCGUUGUUUCAAGCCUGUUCAUGGGCUCGGGGGGCUUGCUGUUCUGAAUUAGGCUUCAAACUUUUCAUUAGCCUAUUUAUUUGAAUUACUUUUCGCUGAUGGACAGUGUAGCUUUUGACAUGGCCCUUGGCCUCCCAAAAUCUUGGCAUAGUCAAAGAACGACUGAAACCUUGUUUUGUCUUUGCCAAUACGUGCUGGGCAACUGCUUGAGUUAUAUAUUAUAUGUAUAUAUCAUAUGUUAUUUGUUUUUCAUUUUCGUGUUUUUUUUUUUCUCUCUUCUGUUUAGUUAAUGCUCUGUGGAAUGCAAGAGAUUGAUGUAGAUGACUGGCAAAAUAACUCCGUUUAUCGACAUUACACGAGGAAUAGCAAACAGGUCACUUGGUUUUGGCAGGUAAAUGAAGUUUCUUAAAUACGGUAUGUCCAUUAGUCAUUACAAGUUGAUAACAGGCAAUUACAGUCAAAUCCCGUUAAUACGGACACUGACGGGGCCAUAGAAAGUGGUGUCCGUAAUAAGCGGGUUGAAUUAAGAAAAAUGUAAGGGCUUUCUUUCCCAAAAGACAAAUCGAGUCAAAGCAAAGUGUCCGUAAUAGGGCUGUAAUACUGAAAUGUCCGUAUUAAGCGGGUGUCAGAAAAGCGGUCUUUGACUGCACUGGUAACCCUUAGAUGACUUAGGGAAGAAGCAUGCUUUUGCUUAGGGUCAGUGUUAGUACUACAAUGGUGCAAAAUUACAGCGUUUGUAUGAGGUAAAGUUCCGACCCUGAUAUUUGUAGGAAGUAAUAAAUAAAUGUCCAUAGAACUUACUUUGCCAUUAGUUUUUGUUUUCUUUAAUGCUUACACGUAGUUUUUCGGACAAUGACAACUGUAAAGUAAGUGUCGUGGACUGUUAUUCAUUAUUUCCUUCAAAUUUUAAGAUCGGAAAUUUACUCAUAUAAAACAAGCACAAGAAUGCAGGGUUGAAGGUAAAACCCACUUUUUGAGGAUGAUCAGCAAAUUCUUUAAAAUUGGGACACGGAAAAGAAGCCAGAUGUAUCCUGCCCUGUAUUAGCUUUAGCUGAGUAUGUUUUUUCGGUGUCUGUGUUAUGUUAGGCGCUUCGUUCAUUUGAUAAUGAGAAGAGAACACGAUUGUUACAGUUUGUGACCGGCACAUGUCGUCUUCCUGUUGGAGGAUUUGCUGAGCUUAUGGGUAUGUAGUCUGCUUAAACUCAGUAGGCCAUUAUUUGGAGGUGAGUAUCACAGCCUCCCCUUCAGGAUCAAGAAGCUGUCCCAAACCAGUUUUUAUGGCAAGUAGCUCACAUGAGAACGAACGAGUAAAAAUGUGCUUAUUUCCUGCCGAGCGAGCUUUAUGAAUGUGCGUGGGUCACUUGAAUUUGUCGCAUUAAAAACUCGCGCGGUCUGGGUUUAUAUACUUAUAAUAUAAAUGAAUGGAAAUAUAUAAAGUGAAUCUUAUUUUGAACUACGAAUAAGUAUAGGAAAGUGGAAAUGAUCCUUGCAUUUGUAAACAACCGUAGCUGCUUAAAAACAACUUGAAAAAUUCAGGCUAGUCCGGGAAUCGAACCCUGACCUUUGACCGGGUGCAUCGAAAAGGUCAUGGUUCGAUUCUCGGUCAAGCCUGAAUCUUUUUUCAGGUUCUUUUUCAACCGCAGCCUUGGUUGUUUAUUCAACUGCGAGGAUCAUUUCCACUUAAAUAUACUUAUAAAUAUGGGGUUGGGUGGUCUGGCGAUUAACUCGUCGGUACUUAGCAGUGAAGAAACUAGGGAGCUUAAGCAACCACGACGGCAACGGCUGCGAAAACGUCACUUAAAAAGUGAAGUCACGCUGCCUCAAACUUUAUCGCGCUUAGCAAAUUUCUUUGGAGUUGAAUUCUAAAGGAUUGUAUCAAAACUCAUGAAAAGAAAAAGAAAAUUGUUGUUUUGUGUUCCCGUCCUCGACAAAAUGUGAGAAUAGGCACUUUCACGUUGUAGUCGCGCAACGAAAUGUACAUAAAAGUGUGAUGCACGUGCAAGGUUGUUAUUUUUUCAAGCUAAAGGUGAUGUUACACGAGACGAUUCGCAACGACAAUUUUUAGCGCAACACAGCGUUUCAGCAUUGUUGUAUGUCGUUUCACAUUGUUACAACGUUGUUCCAACAUUACAUCGCCGAGUUGCGCUAAACAUCGUCGUUUCAAAUCGUCCCGCUCGUUGCCGUCGCCGUCGCUGUUGCUUAAUCUCCCUUUUAUCUUGUACCUAUGAAUACGGCGGAAGUAUUUAACCAUGGAGUUGCCAGGCUCAUUCCUUCUUUAAGUACCAUUCUUCGCAACGAUGACACCAUGGCAGUUGAAGGCGAGAUGAAAGUCGGCAAAGUCUAUCUACAAAAUCCAACUUGAAUGUGCAAAUAGGCCACUUGCACCAAGAGGUCACGUGACCAAUGCUUCCUUUAAACAAUGAGUUGGAGUCUUGCUAAUGCGAAAAAUUGACAGAGUACAUAAAAAUUAUAUAACACUCGAAAUUUGAGAGGAGACGCAUUUAAGGGAGAUAUUUCAACAAAGUAGUAUGAUUUGUAUCGGCCGCCAUGUUGGAAACUACUUUUUGCUUUUAUCUUGUUAAACGUUUGAUAGUUACGCUCAGUUGUGUUGUAAACGUUACCACAUUAUCUUUUCAACAUUUUCAUUGACGUUUAAGUGUAAAAUUUGCGUUCAGAAAGAGGUAAUUCAUAAUUUUAGUCACGUGACCAGCUACGAACUUACUCAUUUUAAGAAAAUGGUGCAGGUCUGAAAAACCAAAUCACUAUUGUUUUGUUUAAGAUAUGACCCACUAAUCGUUUUUCGAGGGCAAAAUCAUAUAACUUUCAUUUUCAUAGAAACGAUGUCACAUGACCUCUUAGUGCAAAUGGCCUAUUCUAUCGUAUCUCAUCAGCUGAGAUAUAAAGUCUGUAGUAUAAAUGUAUCUGUUUUCCUAAUGUCAUUUUUCAAUGUCGUUAUAGGAAGCAACGGGCCCCAGAAAUUUUGCAUUGAAAAGGUUGGCAAGGAAACGUGGCUGCCACGCAGUCAUACAUGGCAAGUAUCCUCUAACUCAGUAAACUCCUAAAGAAUUUCUUCAGUCUGAUUUUGUUACAAACACUUGACGAUUUCUCACGCGCUAAUUGAUUGAGAGCUGCGAACUAUGAGAGAAUAGACCGUGAAAAUGACGCGUGAUGCGCAAUUUUUUCUUUUGUCUCUCACGCAAGAUUUUCUAAGAUACUUUGCAAGAAAUUCACGUUAUAACUGUGUUAUUGUAAAAAAACAAAUGUACAACAAUUCUCCAUAGUCUAUACUCGUUUCAGGGCUCAAAAUAACUGCCGCUCAACGGACAAUGUCUGGCCAAGAUAACCAUUUUUUCGGACAGUUGGCCGGUCAUUUUGACCCACGACUUUCAAGUAAAUAGCUAGAAAAAUACAUUUCUUCACAUUAAUUCUGGAAAUUUCAAAAACUGUUAAAAAGUACAGAUGGCACGCCUACGUUUUGCGGCUCCGCGAAUCCUACUGAGCAUUUGUCAAAAAUAAAAUUCAAGCAUUCAUUCAUACACUUCAUUCAAACACGGUAAAAACAGUUACUGUUAUAGGACAAUUAAAAUAGUUAAACUGGUUUACAUGUUUGCCGUGUGGGAGUACGAGGGGGGACAUUUGGCAAUUGGUUACAUUUUUAAACGUAGUAAAAGAUGUGGUCUCUCUGGCAUCGUGGGGAAGGCUAUUCCACAAAUGGGCCCCACUGUAGCAGAUACUUCGUGGUUCGUACGUGAGGGAAUUCGAGUUAUCACACAAAAAGUAGAGUUUUGAACAUAAAUGUCAAUCCCAUGCACACAUUUUGCACACGAAGAUGUUGUACUUUUCCCUUUUUACAGUUCGUACGUGAAAGAACGCAAAUUGUUCACGAGAAAAUUUGCUCAAACGAUUUUAAGAAACCCUUUUCGAACAUCUGCAACUAAAUUAUGCUUCAUGCACCGUAAAGGUUGAUAGCCUAACCACAUUUGCUUCCAAGAAAAUGUUCAAACUGCCGAAAUAUAUUUCUACUCAUCUCAUGUUAUUCCACUUAUUGAAACAAUCUUUAAUUAUUUUGUCAACUGGUUCUUCCAAUGUUAUUCCCUAACACUAGUGUUUCUACUAAAGUUGGGCAUCUCUACUAAGCAACUAGGUAAAUCUAAUACGCUUUAAAAAGGACAAUCACAUGACUUUUGUUGGGAAUAUAGUUUAUUUGUAGCCCGAGUAGCAUCAUUUGCGCCCCGAGCGGAAGGAAAGAUUGUUUAACAUGAAAUCAUGUUGCGGACUGCAAAUUCUGUUUACAGCCCGCACUUUGCCGUUUGGCUCGCGAAAAGGAGCGUUUUAGAGAGGGGAGUUUGUCAUUUGGUCGCGUGUAGUGAUAAUAAUAGGCCAUUUGCACGAUGGCGUCAUUUUACUACUACGACCAGAAUUCUUUUCGUUUUUCCUUUGAUAUGUAAAUUUGGUAGCCCCGGUGGGGUUUAAAUAACAAAAGCCCUAAUUUGUACAAGAAAGCAAAACCCUCAAGGAUCCUGGUCAUAGUAGUAAAAUGACGCCAUCAUGCAAAUGUCCCAUUGCUAUUAUGACUUUUAAAGGCAGCAAGCGUGUGUGACGUGGUUGCACUUAAAGGGAACCUCCACUCUUACUACAGAACAAGUUUAAAUCGAAUAAAAUUUUGUUGAUAAACAAAUUUGUUCGAAAUUUGUCUUAAAAAAAGUGUUUAUAUCAGGAAAGGUGAAUUUUAAAAUCGCUUAUUUUCACUUUCAAAUUUCGCGGGCGCCGCCAUCUUGAAUAAUUGUGACGUGUUACGGUUGCUCUAUUGUUCUGACACAAAGAGCUUUUGUUUAAUAACAAUAGGGCAACCAUUACACGUCACAAUUAUUCAAGAUGACGACGCCCGCAAAAUUUGAAAACAAAAAUAGGCGAAUCUAAAAGUUAUUUCUUUCGGAUACAAACGCUUUCUUUAAAAAUAUUUUAGAUUGACUUGACUGUAACAGUUAUUUCCUGUGAUUUAAAGUUAUCUUUUUGUUGAAGCGGAGGUUCCCUUUAAUUUGUUGGAAAGUAAAAGAUCUGAUGAAAUUUUAAUGCGAGAGAAUAAAGCUUUUUUACACUUCUCUGUGCAGCUUUUUAAAACAAUCAGCUUCUAGAACCAGAAUUACGCCGCAUUCUUCCGAGUUAAAGUCUAUGUCGAAAUAUCAAUUAUUAUUAUCACUACACGCGGCCAAAUACAAACUACCCUUUCUAAAACGCUCCUUUUCGCGGGCCAAACGGCAUAAGUGCGGGCUGUUAAUGGAAUUUGCCGCCUUCAACAUGACUUCAUGUGAGACAAUCGUUCCUUAUGAAAUAAAUUUGUCCUAUUUGGCCUUGUGUAGUGAUAAUUAAGAUAAUCACAUGACUUUUGGAGGGAACAUAGUUUAUUGGGUCUCUCGUAGCAUCAUUUGCACCCUCGUUCUGCUCGGGCGCAAAUGAUGCUACUCGGGUCACGAAUGAACUAUAUGCCCUCCCAAAAGUCCGUAAGUGAUUCUCCUAUUAACGUUUCAUUUGAAGACCUUUGAAAAAUAUGUGAGUUUUAUACUCUGCCUUGAAGGAGGUGAACAGAACUCGUAAGCUAUGAAAUACAUGCGUUGUACCGUUAGCCGCAUAACCGAAAUAGGCCAUAAAUGUCUUGAAACAGCGCCCAUACUAAACCUCGAACCCUUAAACAGUUGCAUUACUGUGCUCAAUAUUUGAAUCAUGACGAUAUCCUUCUAAACACGUUCAGUCGUAAUAAAUGACGAAAAAAAUGUGAAGAACCAAGGUGGCGAUCUCAAAUUGUCUUUGCCCGUUUGUUCUUUAACAGUGUCGUGUUUAGUUGCCAAAAUCUCGUCGGUUCCUAACAUCAACUCAUAGUACCUCCACCCUGCAAUACGCAUACGAACAAAGAUACAAAGCUCGGACCACUGUCAUAGAAUCUACUUUUUUUCAAAAUAGCUCAAAAAAAAGAAAAUUUCGUGUGUGUCGCGUUUAAUUAUCUUAAAAAUCAUGAAAAGGAUAAUAAUUAAAUUCUCUGACUAUUAGGUGAACAAUGUUUCUUUACAUUUUUCUCAUUUCGCAAGUGUAACGAGUUUUUGAGCAUACGAGGCGAUACUUUUUUCUUAAUUGGUGAUUACUUUUUUAAAAUAAAUAUUUUCUUCAUUUUUACCAGCCAUGACCGAGCCAAAACCUCUUUGGCCGGUCGUUAUUUGACAGGUCGGAAACGAGCCAUGGCCGAGCUAAAAUUUGUUCGGCUGGUCGUAUUUUGACCGGUCUGAGAAACGAGCCAUGACCGAGCUAAAAUUUGCUUGUCCGGUCAACAUGACCGGCUACUGUCGGAAAAUUAUUUUGAGACCUGCGUUUAGACGGCAGAAUUUUACAGUGCAAACCGGCACUCGUCCACUUGAGUAUAGAGAGUAUAGGCCUUGGGAAAUUACUCUCUAUUUAACAAUUAUGCAUGUGUUUCAUGUCAUUAUACGUAAAUCAUAGCUGAAAGUAGAAUUUCACCCUUACAUCUUUGUUUUGUUUGAAGUCAUUGUCUUGAAGAAUGAGGAAUGUAUGAAAUUUAGUUGAGAACCUUGAUUGACUGGAGGCAUCACUGGAAAAAAAAACUUGAUGUAGUGUUGUUGUUUUUUUUUUUUCAGUUUCAACCGCCUGGAUCUUCCUCCAUACAAGAGCUACGAACAGUUAGUGGAAAAACUAACUUUUGCAAUAGAAGAAACGGAAGGUUUUGCUCAGGAGUAA